UUCAAACUUUUGGAGCUGAAAUGUUUAUUUCACUCAGUACUGAAAACCAAAAAACUCAAAAUGUCCUUCAGUUAUCUUGUUUGAUACCUUAGAUGUUUUUGGAAACUGAUAAAACACAAGAUGACAUUUUUAUCAUUUAUCGGACUGUACUAAGGUGUUUUUUUAGUAAUUUGUUGAUCAUAUUGAUUUGAUAAAAGUAUAAAAAAGCAUGUAUCAAAUAUGAUACAAAAGGCAAUAAAGGGCUAAUCCAUGAUCAGAACAGGUGCCAGUUUUUCCAUUGUUUAUCGAGUAGUUUAUCUUUGACCACGAAUCAAUACUCUUUUUUUUUCUCUUGUUUUUCAGUCUUGACUUUAAAAAAUCUUAAAUCUUGAACAAAUGUCCCGUGAAUCCCUCUCUCUUGGCCCGUGGAUGCAGUAGAAACCCAAGCCUCUGGUAGUUGAAGGGUUAAACCUCAUUGGUAGUAGGAAGUGGGUGGUAGGAGCCGAGGAUGGAGCGAAGCCUGUGUAGCAAACAGAGAUCAAUUUUCACGAGAAAAACGAUGGUCCACCACAACAAGAAAGGGUGAACACGUCGUGUACCUGUGGGAGCGCAAAUCCACGGACAAAUCUGCCACUCUGAGGACGAAAACGUAAAGUUAUCCAGCUCUAACACUGCCGACGUGUGUCGUUCUGUGUGUGUCUUUGAGCAGAGGACCGUGGGAGACGAUACAGAUUUUCAUUGAUCUCGUUUCUGUCUUUUUCCGAAAUGCAUCUGUUGUGUCACAUCUAUCAGAGAUGAGCAGUUUUACAUUCGCUAAUUUGCAAAAUGCAUGCAAUGAACUCCGUGAACGUAUCGGUCUCAUCGUCACGGAAAAUGUGUUUUGAGUGGGAACCAUAGGCUGCUGUAACAUGUAGUGGGGUGCUGCUGCAGCGAUGUGGUGUGUAGAUCGAGAGAUGAUCGGUGUGGUAGGAGCAUUUUGAAGACUCGCUUCUCUGAUUUUUACCAAAAAUUGACUUUUGUGGAUGUGCGUGUUUUUUAAAAUUUUAAUACACGUCUUUGGCUUCAUGUUGGCUGAACAUGUUUACAUACUUGAGUGGUUUAUCUAAUCUGUGGUGUGAUAGUUGAAAGUCUGACAGUCUGAGCUGAUCUCAGGUUUCUUCUUUAGUCUCUCAGCUGGACCUGAGUUCACGCAGUGCACGCGGGUCCCACUCACGCUUAUUCAGCAGUUCCCACCUCUUGAACAGUCCGGUCAGAGCGGAACCUUUUCAUACUUUGGUCCAAAAUGGUUCAUGUUAUCUUCUAUUGUAACGUGGAAGUAGGGCACGAGGAUAGUAGCUGUUUAUAGUCGGCUGAUGAUGUUCAAAGCUACCCCGCCAAAAAGAAAUAGUGUGCCAGUGAUUUGACGGGUUUUUAUAAACGCUGGUUGAAAUCCACGCGAGAUUGGGUCAUCUUCUCGCUGUCACCUGGAAACCACCGGAGCCACCACGCGACCGUUUGACAGGUGUUGUUAACCUGCCACGCGCCAUGGAUGAUUCUGGGAUCAUCCGAAGACGGAGACUGCAGGUGAGAGCACUUUCAAACUUCUGUUUAAGAAAUAGUAGUUUAUAUUUUGAUGUGGAUGUUUUCACGAUCUAACAUGAGAAGGCUGUUGUUGUAUGUGAAUAGGCAGAAGGCUGAGGUCAUAAUUUUUUAUCAUUGUAUUUACCUGAUAGGUAUUGCAUUACUUUUAAACACAUUUUAAUCCAAUGCAGGACCAAUGCAUUUGACACAAUUGCAUUUUGCAAGAUGGGCAUGAUUUUUAUGGAAAAACUGUCUCUGACUUUAGAAAAUAAAAUAUUCAUCACAAGUUAAACAAAUGCUGAAAAAAAAGGCAAAAUCUUACAAAUUUGAAAACUGUCCUUGUAGGGCUGGGUGAUAUGGGAAAGUGUUUAUCAUAAUAUAUUUUUUCACAAUAUAAAAUAUGAAAUGUAACAGUCCUUAUUGGUAGCAUGUCUUUUGCAUUACAACAAGCUUCUAUCUGUGAGGUCUUUGUGUCUCUUCGACGUUUGUGGUUAGGUGUUGAGCUAGAGAAAGUGGACUGAAUGGUCGUCUGUUUUCGGUGUUAAAGUGCUAUGGUUGCGUGUAGCUGCAGCCCUCUACUACGCAGUUGUUUGCUACUUGGUUCUAAUUCAGCACAUGAUUGGUUCAGUGUGAAGUGGACCCGCAGAAAUUCCUCUUUUCAUUGUCUAUUCAUAUACUGUACCAAAACAUGGCAGAAUGCCGACUAUCGAAAAGCAUAUUGACCAUGUUUUAUAUUGAUAUCAACGGAUUUUAAUUUUCAAUAUAUUGUGAUUUUUUUAAAUCUUUUACAUUGUUAGUCUUAUUACUUAAGAUUUUCUGUAUUUUAAAUUGUGUUUGUUUAAAAGGAUCUUUGAGCACCUGUAAAAUAAAAAAAUAUCAUUAUUAUUAUUAUUAUAGAUAUAGCCCAGAUUUAGACUUGGUCUAAGGCUUUCAUUUUUAGACCUGUGGUAGCCUGAUUUUAGACCAGUCGUCUAGGCUACAUUUAGACGUCUAUUAGACCUCUUUUAGACCAAAAAAUGCUCAGUUGGAAGUGUAGCGUAGCAGGCAGAUCUGUUUUUAUGUUGGUUGUAUCUAUAAAUGCAUGAAAACCUGCUGAGUUGAGUCCAUUUAAAAAAGGCUAAGGUCAUUUUGCAACACUUGCAUUAUGUAUGCUCUUCACUUAGCCGAUAUCUAUAUAAUCAUCAACAGAAGAAAACAUUGAUAAAAGCUUCAUUCAAGGCUCUCCUCUGUGUUGUGGGCACUUUGCGUGAAAUUAAUCAACCAAGGCCAAAGCCGGCAGAGCUCUUCUGUGCUAGUCUCUCUGCUUUCCUGUGAAUUAAUUCGCUGUAAAAGAACUCUGCAGCACAAUGCACAAGAUGCUCCGCUCCAGAUGAUUGCUCACCGUUUGAAAAAUACUGAAGAGAAAAAUAGGAUGAUUUCUGCUCAAAUGUUGUCGUUUGGUUAAUACAGAGUUCCACUUACACUGCCAGUCUUUAAAUUUGUCAUUCCAACAAACUUGAUCUGAGGAUGUUUUUUUUUCUAAAUGGAUUACAGGCUUUAUUGCUGCCACCUCAAUGCAGAACGUCAAUUCUUUCUCCAAACUGUAUCCCAGUGAGAGUUUACACAAAGGUUUUCAGCUUGCUGUAGUGUAGCGAGCAAUACUACAGUCUGUCAAUAAUGUAAUUUAGGUCUUAUAUGGGUGUGUGGGUUUGUAGACCCUUAUUUUUUUUCAGUGAAUCAUCUACAGAUGUUAGCUGUGAAUGCAGGGAGGCCUGCCAGUAAGGAGUAGCAGUAGUCAGUGCCUGAUAUUAUGAGAGCCUGGAGGUACUGCAUGCUCUGUCAGGCAAGGUACCAGGGGAUCCCACUGGAUCCGGAACGGCUCAGCUCUGCUCCGGACCGGCAGUGCCCACCCGAUCCGAUCCGCCUCCGCCAUCGGAGGAGAAGCGUUUGCUAGAUUACCAAUAUUUCUCGCUAAACUGGACGAGAUCUCAUGAGAUCUCGCUGAUUUCCCCGUGAGACAUUGAAUGAGAUCCACUGAUCUGUGUGUGUAUAAACGACGGUGUAUAUAAACACCCACAUCCCACAACCCUGGCCUCUCCUAUUAUCAAGCUAAGAACAGUUCAACAUAUUGACUUUAUUUUAUUUUUUAAAAAUUAACCGGAUAUUUUACUCUUUCUUUACAACUUCCGCUGCUGCUCAUGCUGCGCUGCACUGAGUUGAUGCGCUGUGCUGUGGUGUCUAGCUAAAAUAGAAGCCUUGCAUAUCUGAUCUGACCGCUGGAGUCGAUCCGCAGCGGAGCCGAACAGUGGAAUCACAAACUGAUUGUGUGGAAUCACACUCAUUGAUUAUAAUGCUUGUGUAUUUGAUCCGCCUGACGUGCCGGAGCGGAGUGGAGCCGUUCCGGAUCCUGUGGGUUUAGCCAGUAGGGUUUGAUCUUUCUGAUAUUAUAGAUGGGUGAAUCAAGCAAACAAGACCACAUGAACCUUGAAAAUUAGCUAGUAAUCAAUCAUGACAACCAUACUGUGAAAAGACUUAGUAUGAAUUUGAUCCAAACUGGAUCUUGAUCUGAGAGAGGGAGUGGCUGGAAUGACAAGAAGCUCAGUUUUGGACAGGUUGAGCUGAAGGUGCUAUCCUUCAUCCAUUUAGAAACAUCAGCGGGCAAAUCUGGACAUACUUGUGUCAUCUGGUGGGAAUGACAGGAAGUGCUGGAUGUUAUUGCAGUGAUAUGAGAAACCAUUACUCCAGAUUAAGUGGUCUUCACAGAGAAAAGGAGGGGACCAAGCCAUGACCCUUGAGGCACCCCUGUUGAUAAGCAAUGUGCUUCAGACACUUCCUCUUUCCAUACUCCAAAAGGUCUCCCUGUGAGGUUAGACACAAACCACUGGAGGGCAGAUCCUGACAUACCAAGCUUAGUUAAUGACUAUGGAGAAGAAGAUUUGGUCAUUCACUCUGUCAAAGGCAGCAGACAGGCCCAUCUGAAAUAGAACUGAGAGCUGACCAGCUGCUGUAGUCGGUAGUAGAAAGAUUAGAGGAAAUUAUUGUGAGGAUUCCCCACAAAGUUAACACCUUCAAAUUGAUCUGCACAUUUUCCCCCUGAUGUUAUAUUGACCACUAAACAAGAGUCUGAGCUUGUAUUGAUUGCAAAAUUCUAUUUUCAAGAAAUUGAAACUCUCAAGAGGAGUAUUUUUGUUUCUUUUUACAUCUGGUAAAAGACAUUGAGCAUCUCUUAGACUAUUUUUUUCCCUCAGAAGUUGAACAUAGCUCGAUAUCAACUUCUUCUGUGAAAAAUGAGAGUAGUGGUGGCCCAGCAGGGAAGAGGCAUUUAGAUAUGAACAGAAAAGAUUUAAUAUGUUCUGCUGAAGCACACCCACACACACACAUGUGCAGGAAAGAUUCACUCUCUCACAAGUAGAAUCAAACUUUCGAUUUUAGUCUGACACUGAGUGCUGUUAAUGUGUGUGUCCAUCCAUUCAGUUGACUGUGGCCAUACCAGCAAUCUUGAGUGGGCUUCUGUGUGUUUGUGCAUUACACUCAUGCCUAUAUGUACAUAUCAAAUUGACUCCCACCCCGGCCCCUGCUCUCCCUGUCCAUUGAAGUAGUCGAUAUCCAUAAUAUCUCAAACGGAGGAGGUCUAAAUGCUGAGGAUGUGGCGCAUUUGUCAGACCCAUUAGCAGGACUAAUGGUGGCCUAACAGCCCUGUGUGCCCUCAGGGAGGAAGACCAACCACCAGCAGCAGGACGGGCUGAGAGGGCGGUAGGCCGGGAGGGGGUGGGGGUUGAGGGGGAGCAGCGUAGACCUGAGGCAGACACCAGCUGUGGGCUAUAGUAGACCCCAUUUAAGUGGUCAUUACAAUAUCAAGAUCUCUUUACUGCCUGGAUCCACUUUCACAUCAGAGACACGAUGGAGGAAAGAGGAGAAUGGUUUCAGUGUGUGCAUACGUGUGUGUGUGCGUAUGCACGUGUUGCUUGUUUGUGUCUCAUAAAGAUUACUUCGUUGCUCAUGCAUGUGGGAUAAGAAACACUUUGACAAAAGCCGAGAAAGAGGUGGGUUUAGUUGAGCAUCAUAAAUACUGAAUCAGAGUUAAGAGGUCUAUUUUAAUCUUUACCCGUCAAGCGUUACGGUGCUUGAUAGGAGCUUAGUUCUGAGGUGUUCGUUUCUUAUUUCGGUUUCUUAUUUCGGUUUCUUAUUCGAGUCUUUUUAGUGCUCUCUGGUGAAAAAAUGAAAUAGAGCAGCUGUGUGUAGUUUUUCUGAAACAGUAGUUGGGCAUUUUUAUAAAAUAAUCCCUAAAGUAUAUUUAAUCAUAAACAAUCAAUCAAUCUCGACAUAUGAAGCCAACGUAGAAGUGCCAAAAACUGCAGUUUCUUGAGUGCCCGUUCCAGGAUGUCUGCAGAAGUCCUGUAAACCAGUGGUUCUCAACUGGUCUCACUCUGAGACCCACAUUUUCCCAUUGUCCUUAAGUCGCGACCCACAUUUAUAGAAUUCAAACCAAGAAAAAAACUAAAGAGUCCAAUCUUUAACAAAAAUCCACUUGUUUUAUUGAGUAAAGUGCAUUUCAGAGCUCAUGAAGGAGACAACAUGAGGACGACAACUACUGAAGUUUCAUAUACAGAGAAUAUCAAAUAUCUAAUAAAUAUUGCAUUAAAUAUUUACUUUUUUGACCAGCUGUUUGUGACGCAUCCAGAACGUAUCCGCGACCCACUUUCAGGUCGGAACCCACCAGUUGAGAACCACUGCUGUAAACCACACACACAUCUACUCAAAAGACUCAUCUUUACAACAACAACAACUAAAAACAUGUUUACAUUCCCGGUCUGAGAAGCUAAUUUCUUCAUCCACACACUGUAUCGGGGGUGAACUUUGCUGUAGACCUUUGGUUUUGAAGAUAAUAAGGUCACGUAUUUUGCAAAAAGGCUUUCUGACUUUGAGCUUUCAACCUACAUUGAUGACUAUGCAGUAGAGCUGUUUGCACAUCAUUGACAAAAAGAGGAGGAGUGCGAUUCCUGUUGUGCAACAUUACAAAGAAAAGAUGUGGUUUGAUUUGGCUGAAUGGUACACAGGGUCCAGAUCUGACUGGAAGAUUUUUACUGUCAAUGCAAAUCGGUUUUAAACAUUGAUUAUUGGUCUCAGGAGCUACUAAUAACAAGUAUUGGUAUCAGCCCUGAACUUUUGUCAUUGUAUGUUCUGUGUACCAUUUACUGACACCUCUAUUAUAUUCUCAAGCACACAACAAAUACAAGUCAUAUGACAUGUUUCAUCCUUCUCUGCUGUAAGAGUAUGACAGAACACCACACAUACAUGCUUGAAUACACACACACACACACACUAGAGUAAUUUGUCCAAUAUUUAGUUCUGGGCAGAGAGCCCAUUUCCAAUAUGCUAAGCACAAGGGAUAAGAGUGUGAUCAGUGCAGAAGAUCCAGCUCCCUGUGCCAAGUCCUGUCACUCACUGCCAUGCCCACUGCUUUGUUCUGCCUCACACCGUCCUUCUCAUGUCAGGUUUAUUCAGAGAGGGGAGAGAGCAAAGUGUACAUCAAAGCAACAGAUCUGGGACAGAAUAUAUUUGGGAAUAGCUUCAAAUAUUUGAACUCCUUUAACUGGACUUCAAUUUUCAUGCCACAUGCCUCUGAAGCACCACAGCCUGGGUUCAACCUAAUACUCCCCAAAACAGACAAAAAUGGACAAGGUAAGAGGAAAACUUGCUCCAGUUAAAAUGUAAAAAUGGAUUUAGUGAAAGAAAAAGAAAGUUAUAUAGAUCAAGAGAGUGACUCAUACUUUUCAAUGAGACCCUGUGUUAUUUUAGCUCUCAGUGAAAUGACCAGUACAAGCUUUCAAAGAAAACUAUUAAAGUGAAGAAUGCACUGCGUGACAUUUGCCUCACAAUCUGCUGUCAGUUUGGCAGCAGAAACAGAACAGAAGCCUCAUGACUCUGCCCAAAGCAAUGGCAUAUUAACAUUUUCUCUCUUUAGUUUCCAGUUGGCCACAGUUUGUCUUUGGGUAAAUAUAAAACUCUACCAUAAAAAAAACAACAACAAAGAGGAAUUAUCAUGUGACACCCUAUAAUAACUAGUCAGACAGAGUAAGCGAUCAGGUUUGUUAAUCCGGUUUCAGCAGUUUUUUAGCCAAGCUGUUAAGAAUGAUGUUUGAAUUCUGAAAUUUGUGCUAAAUCAAGUGUUUGAGUUUAAAACUUUGCCUCCUCCCACCACUCCGAAUGUUGUUGUUUUUUUUACUACUUAAAGUAUUCUCAGUGGUCUUUAAAUUGUGAUUAUGAAGUUUUUAGCCAAAAUGACAUUGCCUGUGUCAUUUUCAGGAGCUUUUCUUCUGCAGAGCUCCAGUAGAUCAUUAACAAUUGGCCUCUGAGUCGUGGGCGGAGACAGCGCUGCUUUGCGCACUUCUCUUCAUGUUAGCUUGCAGCCUAACAUUGCUGGUGUAGUAGAAGUGACAGGUAACAUAGGAGCUAUUCAGCUCUCAGACACUAAUGUCUUUUGGGGCAUGAUGAAGGUCAAUAUCAUCAUUAGCUUUCUUACGAGCAUUGCAAUCCACUGACGCACACGCUUGUUCCGCGAUUGUCCUCAUAGCGGGGCUCCGGGGGCGGAGCUUGGAUUUGUGAUGUAUGAAAUCUCACUGUUUCUGAACCUGCCGUUUCGGUCUGCCAAAGAUUCACAGCAAUUUGAAUGCAGAAAUACUUAGAAAUGCAAUUCCGCACUUCUUUUUCUCACGAUAUGUCCUGUAGCAUCAGAAAAAUGCCAUAUGAACAUGUAGACAACAAGAAAAAAAAUGAUUUUUGUCGUAGUGGGUCUUAAAGUACAAUGUCAUUUCAGAUUUUCUUAAAAACAAAACUGGACCGGCUGCUGGUCACAAUAUAAGUUUAUCGUGUGUCUUUAAAGGAGAGUUACUUCGGCAGGAAGUAUGUCAAAUGAUCUUCUUGUGAUCUGCUUGUGAGUAUUAUAUGAAGUCGAAUCACAUGGCCUACCUCUCAGUAUGUUAUCCACCGUUGCUCAUACAAGCAGUUAAACACACUGCCAUUGUGUCAGGCUCAUCCAAAUGAAACAAAUGAUAAAGGCGACAGUUUUAUAGAGAGGAUUAAAAUUUAAAAAUAUUAUAUAACAGUACCAGUGGAUAUAAAUAGUACUACACAGUUUAUCUUUGUACUGUAGGUGUAAAAGAAAACCACAUAUGAGGUCUGUCAAUCCUAAUGCAGAUACAAGAGACAAACAUAGAAAGCAGGAGAAAAAUGAACGGCUGGCUGCUAAUGCUCUGAAAAAUGUAACUGUAACCAACUGUGUGGGAAUGUGUAGGCUUGUUAAUAAUACAACAAUUUCAUCCUUUGUUGUGUCCAAUAGAGUUGUAUAUAAAUGAAAUAUUCCCUUUGAAAAUUCUGUCUUUAAAAUCUGAACAUUAAAAGUCAAAGUUGCGCUGGUAUUUGUUGCAUGAGAGGAAGAAGGUACAGCUGUCUUUCUCUGUCUUUGUAAUAAAUGUACAAUUUGUAAGCUAAACAAUUAAAGAUAUUUCCGUUGCGGAAAUAUUCACGCUCACUUGAAAGUGCAGAGAAAUUUAGUCCAGAGAAAUGCCAGACUGACUGUACAGAGGCCCUCUGUUGGACUGACUGUGAGAGGAAGCAGGUGUUGGGGGUUUUAUCCAUUAGCAACCCCUAUCACCCCAAACACACACAAUCUCACACACACACACACACACACACACACACACACACACACACACACACACACACACACACGUGUCUCCUGCCGGGCGCUCUCUGACUCACUCUGGCCCCGCUCACUUCCUCCUGAUGAUGUCACUCACUUUGUGUCCGUGAAAGCCUCGCUGCGAGCUGAUGUCACUCCCAUUGAGAAAAUAAAGAGAUCAAUUUCCUCGAAAUGGGAAACGCUGCCCGCCAAUCAUCAUAUAAUCUAUUUCGAUUUAAUGUGCUAAUGGAACAGUGAUUGAUAAUGUGCCUAUUUCCCAUCAGUACAAGUGAUAGAAAAGGUUGGUUUAACACUCACGGUAUACUUGAAUUAGGAAACUGCAGCUAGUAUAUAAUUAGCAUAGCUUAGGAUAGAGAUAAAAAAAAAAGUUGUUUAUAAAGAGCUGAGACACUAAAACAGCCAAAUACUUAUGUAAAUAUAUGUCUAACUUUUGUUUAGUCUUGUUGAUUGAAUUUUUGAAUACUGACUCUGGCUUUGUUCCCUCAUUUCCAGUCUUUAUGCUAAGCUAAUGGUGUUGUGUUCCACCGUUAAAGGUGGAGUAGGCAGGAUCUGAGGAAGUGCCAGUUUUUGGGAGAAAUCUUGAAUGUAAACUCUACCCCUCCAAACCAGUUUUCCCCUCGGCUCCUCCUCUCCACUCCCUCUCUGCUCCAGCAAACAGACGCUCCUGCUCGCUUGUAUCGUUCCAAUUAAAUUCAGAUAUAAUGCAGAUAAAUACUUUAGAUGAUUACAAAUGGGGCGCAGUCAACGUCAAAGUAAAAAGCAUUGGUGCUACUGUAGAUGCCAACAGACUACCAGCAAACACAAUGUUCGCAGGACUUCUACAACUAGGAUAAAGUGACAAACUCCAGGACCCAAGGUCAACAGUUUAGCGGCGCUACAAAAUGCAGCGGGUCUUGGCUUACUUUGUUAAAGCGGUUUUCCUGUCUAGCAGAAAGGUUACAGGGUCUGUAAGAUCCCGAAGCGUUCCCCAUCAUUUAUGCUGAUGUUGACCCGGUUUCUAAGCUCUUGUCUGGUCUACCUCAGUUUUAAGCGCCCGUUAUUCCGCCAGAGUCUCCGGUAUUUACUUUGUUUUAUUGCUUGUGUUUUCUGUACUUUUUGGUUGGUUUCAACUGUCCAAUGUUGUAGCAUGCUAACUUUGUUUGGGCUCGUGCGCAUUAUUGGAGCAUGCCUCACAACACGGGGGAGCAGCGUCUGCCUCACAACCAAUCAGGUUGGGGGAGGCGGAGAAUGGCUUUGUUUACAGUCAGAAAGAGCGGCCGCUCAAAAAAUUUAAAAUGCUAUACAGACAUAACAGAACACAGCGAUAUCGUCAUAUUACCAAAUGUCAUCAAUAACUAAUAGCUUUUUUACUGAUAGCUUUUUUGUAUAUGCAACACAAAAAAGAUGCUUCUUUUAUGGAUUCCUGCCUACCCCACCUUUAACAUAAGAAUGGUUUUUGCCUUCUUUUCAGACUCUCCAAGAGAAAGUAAAUGAAUGCAUUUUCCAAAAAAAAAGGGGGAUUAUUCCUUUAAUAGACCAGCCUGUAAUGAGUAGGUUCUCUUUUGACAACCAUGUGAUUACUGCACCAGCACUGCACUUGUUCAGUCUCCAAGAGGGAUAAUAAUGAUUAUAGUUUUUUCAGCCUGCCUUUUUGGAAAAUAUUACAAUGCUUCUCUGCGACACAGAUUGGUUUUAUACUUCUCGUUUGCUCUCCAUAGUUUCUUUAUUAAGUGUGAGUAUUAGCAUCUCACAGUGCCAGAACAUAAAGAGGGUGAGUUCUGGUAGUGAGCUUGUUUUGAGACUGUUUGGAGACAAGAGCUCCAGCUGUCAAGUCAUGUUUCAUCAGCUCCUCUUUGUUUGGGCUCUGUGCUGCUUGUUUACUUAUACAAGGACAAAGAGAUAGACUGUGUGUGAAAGAUGGAAAGGGAAAUUUUAAGACUGCUCUCAUUGAACAGGAUGAGAAUUCUCCUCUGGAAAACCAAUUACAGUCUCGCGUUUUUUCCCUCCACGUUAGUGCUUGUUUUCAACUUCAGGCGCUGUCUGUUUUGUUGCUGGGAAUCUUUUCAUCUCGUUGUCAUGGCCCUGUGUCCAUAAACCUUCCCAAGUGAAAAGAUACAAAUGAUGAUAUCUUUUUAACGGAGCCACUUGGCUAUGGAAUAGAUAGCAGGGAGCAUGCUGACAAUAGAAAUUGACAGUAACCUGAUCUCACCUGAGCUGAUUGAAGUGAGAAUGGAUUGGCAAUAAGCACCACACAGAUUCAUCCCAGUAGAUUUAAAUCACAUCAGAGUCUCGGUUGAUGUGUCCCGGUUUCAUAAAUAUAGCAGCAACAUUUUUAAAAUUGACUUUAGCUCCUCUAAACCUGGUGAUUCCUGUAGCUGGGAAAUCUCCGAGCAGAGCACUUAAGGGGGAUCAGUUUUCAAACUGGUUUCCACUUGAAAAGGACGUUAAACAGAGAAAACACAACAAUGGCUUUAAUGUUACAACAGUCUACUUUACAAUAGGAUGAUAUUUACUUUAGAACAUGAGAUUAACCACAGUCUCUGCAUUAUCAGAGAAUUAGUGUCUAAUGCACAGUAACAUAUUUUUCAGACUCUAGUGUAGAUUUUCUUGUGCAAACUUCAAAUUCAACUUCAUUUUUAUGGCACUUUUCAUAGAAAAAUGCAGUUCAAAGUGCCUCACAGAGGCUAAAAACAACAAUUAAUGACAAUAAAACCCGACUCUCCCACCCACACACCCACCCAUGCACCCACACGCACACAAAGGCACACACCCACCCUCACUCACUCACCCACAUAUACACACAAACAAGUGCACACAGUGUGAGAAUUGAAGAUAUAUCGUUAAAGAGACAUGGCCUGACACCGAGACAUUGUGUGAGGAAAGAGCGACCUUUAGGAAACACUGGAGGUAAAAAUAAAAACAAAAAUGGUGAAAAGAAAGACUAGAACCUGAUGGACUAAAACAAGAAAAUAAUAUUAAAUUAUAGAUAAGUAAGAGCUCUUUACCAUUUAAAAGGGGGUAAAAGAAGUAAAAACCUCUAAGAUGGGAAUUAAGAAAAAGACUAAGAACAGAGAUGACUAAUAAAAUGACAUAAAAUAAACAAUAAAAACUUCAAUAAAAAUGAACAUUUGCAAUAAGAGAAAAUAAUUAAGUCUGCAGUUCCCAUAAUUAGGUCUGCAAAAAAAGUUUACUAUAAAGUAACUUUUAAAAUAAAGUAAAAUUCAUAGUGAUAUUAGGGUUCUUGCGUAAGUUUGAAAAUAAAUUGGAUCAACUUCCAGGUCUUAAAAAGUAUGGAAAAUGAAAACAAAUGUAUAGAAAAAUAUUAAUGUAUCCAGACUUUAACAUCCCUCACACUCUGGUGUCAGUGUUGAGUAGUUUAAAGUCAGAUUUAAAAACAUCCUCUUUGUAUUAUGGGAGGCACACAUGGAAACAGCGGUUAAGUGCUGUAUAUGAAACACAUUUAAAGUUGAAUAUAAGGAGAAAAAAGGUCAGAACUGUCUUUACCUGGUUUAACAUGGGUCAGUGUUUGCUCAUAAUUACUCCUUUUGAUGCUACUAAUGAUAAGAGAUGACAGAGGUUUUAUGCUCAUUCAUAUUUACUGUCAAACUAACAGUAUAUUUUCUUUUUUAAAAGCCUAACCAAGUUUUCUUUCCCUCUUUUCUUUUUCUUUUGGGCUCUGUCGUUCUCCCCAGAAGGAUCUACCUCUGCCCCGGAAAAGUAGCAGGUAAGUUCACACCUGUUUCUUUGUGCUGCGAGGUUCUUUCUCCAGUUUGUAUUCUAGUUCAUCCUAAAAUACACAGAUUUUGGUGCUGUGCAGCUAAAUGUUUUGGUUUAUGUGGCAGGGAGAACAAGUGUUUCAUUCUGAUAAAUUUCAGAAAAGUAAAGGAUUUAUAAGCCCCUCAGUACUUUGGUGUGACUCAAAAUACUAAAGUAAAUUUGCGUCUUGUUUGGCUUUUUCUUUUCUUCAUGUUUUUCUUGCAUAAAGCUAAAGAAAGUGCUGAAGUGCAGACACAGUGUAGAAAGAACAUUUUUCAAGAGCUGGAGUCUCUCCAGCUUUGUUAAAAGGAAGUCAUGGUCAGGUAAUGGUAUUUUGCAGCGGGAGCCUUGUCUCCAGACUGCAGCAUGCUCCAGCUUUGCGGGAGCCCUUUCACUCUCAGAGCGUCAAUCUGUUGCACCAGUGAGCCGUGCAAUGAGAGUUCAGCAGCGAGAGAGCCGCGCUGUGAACUCAGUGCCCCAUGUGCUUCAGGAGGCGGAGAGGUUUACAGAGGGAAGGACGGAGCAAUAUAUGACAUGUAACACACACGAGUUAAGCCAUCAAAUCUACAGAGCAGUUAGUGAAUGACUCAUGUUGUUUAUCGUUCUGUGACAUUUAUAAAGUUUAAAAAGAGACGAUGUGAUGAAGGACAAGACUCACAGCUCUCUUAUUAAGAAAAAAAAAGACGCCCAGACCCGUGUGUUUUUAGCUUUUAUGAGGCUUCAACAGCAUCAUUAAGAAGACAAACCCAAACAGCAUUUUCCAUAGAGGCGGUUUUAUUUUCUUUUUUAUAACACAGUUUUCUUGCAUAGCAGUGACACAAAAACAGAAUGGGGUCCUACAAAGACUGCCAAAUUGCACCUAAUUAGUCCAAUUCAAACUGUUCAAAUCCCAAAGUAGCCUUUGCUGAGCAAACUCCCCUACAGUUUCAGCUGAGAUACAGAGUGUACAGGAUCACCAUCAGAAACUAUUACAACAACUAAUAAUAACAAUAAUGGAUAGCCAAACAACAACCAUAUGAUCUUAGUUAAAAAGCUGUGUAUCCAGAUUUAUAAACACAGGUCCAAAUCACAUGCAACAGGAAAACUGGAUACAAAAGACAAAACUGCACCAGCAGCAAACGCAAUGACAAGAAUACAAUUCUAAACUAUACAAACAUGCUUCAAUAACAAGACUCCAUUUAUAAGACCUAGCAGCUUUUAUUAAGAAAUUGCUUCUGCCAGCUAGCUUUGCUAAAAUACCCACUUUUAUGUGAUUGCUGUAACUAUCAGCUAGCCAUGUAGCUCGGGGUAUCAUUAGCUGACUGUCAGGCUUUAAACACCAAGUGUGAAGGUCAGCCCUGCAGCUGGGUUAUAUAUAAAGAAAAUCUCUGUUAUACUGUGUCUCUUUUUCAUUGAAACAAUAAAAUCAGGUUCUGGCAGAUUGUAGACGGGUCACAUCUCUAACAAACUGUACCAGUGAAUUAGCAUUCUUUAUACAUUUGCUGUAAUGUAAUAGUUUAGUUUUUCUGCAGCACUUUUUUUCCUCGAUUAUACAUUUCUUCUCCAUGUUUAAAGAAUCACGUCGUUUCUGAAUUUAAAACACAUUUCUUUAAAUGAAGAUCGGUUAACCUUUUUAACCUCUGUGCUUGAAAAUGCAAAUGAAGAUCUUUCCUAUAAAGGCUUAGAUAUUUGAACUCUUGAGAAUGAGAUGAUGCAUCUAAAGGGAUUUGUCUGAGAUUAUAAACUUCUUCAUGCAUUGGAUUUAAGCUAGUAAACAGAGCUGAUUGACCAGUCAAAAUUAUGAAGUUUAACGAGGAAGAGUCAAACAUUUUUACCACAUCUUAAGUCUUUAUUUUUGGUUUUAGCUUUGGCCUUUUGACAGGUCUACAGAGUCCUCAUGAAACCCUUUAACAAUGGUUCAUUUAACCUCACUGACAUCCUAUUAUUACCCAUUAUUGGAAAGUAAUGUCUCUUAAGGGAAAACAUGGCAGUCAAAAGCAGUAAGUAUGAAACAGAGCCCUUGUGGUGCUCUUUAAUAAAGAGAUGAAUGGAUAUCCUUUGAAAUGUCCUCAUUAGAGCCAGAUAUGAUCAUGUUUAGGCAGCUUCACAAAACAUGAUAGGCUUCUCAGAGACUGAGCGACUUUUAGUUGGCUUCUCCACAGUUGGAGACAGAAUUAGAAACCCUGUGGAGUUAUUUUCUGUGCCACUUAGAAAAGGGUGAGAUUAACUAACCCUGGGAGGUUUGAGUUGAGUCUUGAUUUGUUCCGCAGGCAAGCUAAAAUGGUUACACUUAAAGCAGUUGUAACAACGACGACAAUAGAGUCCAAUCUGGAUCCAGGACGGAUAUUGUAAACAGCACUUCAGCUCUUGUUGCGAUGUCGAGUCUCUGUCCGUGGUGCUGAAAUGGAACAACUCUCCCUUUCAGCUGGAACUGAUGUACUCUUUUAUUUUGAUUGAAAGACACUUACCGGUAUUUCACUUUACUUGAGGCAAAAGUGACACUGUUUUGAAUCCUGGCAGUGUUUUCUUUGCUUCGUCUUAAUCACUGGUUGCUUCGUGGCAUCUAUCUUUUUACGUUUACAAAGACUAACCGAGAAUGUUCUCAUCUACUCUUAAAGUUUGAUUUGGAGAGCCUGAGCUGGCUGCUGCUGCUGCUGCUGCUGCUGCUAAAAGCACUUCACAAAUCAGACAGGAUUUUGGAAAAGUGUCUUGUGUCGGCUCCAAAUGCUGUCUGAAAAUGCCUUUGAACAUGGGCAGGGGGUGUAAUUUUCGAUAUUAUGUCAUCAGCAUUUGAGGUACUGAAAUCUUUGAAGGUUUAAUGAAAUUGUUGCUUUGAUUUUUUUUCUACUUUAGGUGAUUUUAAAAGAGCAGGAUGUCAAAAGAUUUAACACUUUGGUACAGUUUCUUUACAUGUAAACUGUUACUGUCUCCACAUACCAAGCGCAAGUAAAACCAUUUAAAUAAUAAAUUACAUGUUAAGUCAAUGCAAAGACGUGAUUAGAUGCUCCUACUACUCUGGCGGCCUGAAUGACGCGAAUUGGGCGGGAGCUGAAAAUGUCUCAACUUGAGCGGAUAUUCCUGUUGCGAUAACCAAUCAGCAUGAAGGUUGCCGGGUGAUGUAUGAAAAUGGACGGUUGUUCACUGGUAUCUAAAAUGAAGGACAAACUGAUCAUGUUGGUGUGUGAAGCAAGCUAGUUAAAACUAAAAGCAAGCUAAAAAUAUCUCUUAGACGGACAGAAGCCAUUCUACUAACACUCACAAAAAGAGGUAAGAUCAGUGCAGGUUAAUUUUCCACAAGACUUCAGCAGUGCAGCAUAGCAUAAGGUGCUAUUCAGGUCAUCUGGUGAAAAUUCCUGUAUUUUUUAAUAUUGCAAUAUAGAUCACAGGGUUGAAAAAAAAUUGCAAUGUUAGUUUUUUCCAAUAUCGUGCAGCCUUUGUGUGUGUGUGUGUGUGUCUUAGCUUGCAGUGCGCAUGUGUAUCCCUGACUGCUGUCAUAGGGUGUGUUUUGUCCCUGACCCCUGACUCAUGUGGUGGGGUGGCAGAUUUCACAGCAUGACAUAAAGGAAACACCAGAGACAGGCUUACGGUCCUCUGUUCCUGCACUCAGACCUCCCACCUCUAACGGGUUUUUCUGCACGUGUUCUUCUGGUUCUGUUGGUGGAGCAGUGGUCUUAAAUUGGGUUUGGGUUUAUAGAAGAAUUUUAUAAGAUGUUUGUCGGACAAAAAUCCAACAAACAGGUAAAAUUUCCUCAAGAAAAAGCCUGGUAUAGACAUGCAUAAACAUGACACACAAACACACACACGUUGUAGCCCAUAUGAUAUCAUGCUGCCGCCCAUCCCUGUCUGUGAUCCCCCACAGUGUUUCAGUGAUAUCACCACCCCCUCCCCCUCCAUACCUCCCCCUCCUCCCAGUGUCUCUCCUCUCCCAUGUAUAUUUUAUCCAUCCAGACUCCCACAUUAGAGACAGCAUCCAUUAUUGAAUUACUCCCCUCAGCACUACUGUGCAACUGUCACCCCACGUCAGCUUUAACAUUUGGUGAAUUUUAUUCAAAGGAAAGAAAGGGAGGGUGCACACAUAUGUAUGCAUGCACACACACAUACAAAAAUAUGAUAUCUCUCCAGGCUGGAGAGCAGCUCCUGCGAUAUCUAGGGCAAAAAGACGAUGCCAGAGCUCAUCUAGAUUGUCAUUUCACAAAGAAUAGAGUUUAAGUGCACCAUAAUGGGCUUUUUUUUUUGCAAAAAGGGAGACUUGAAACUGAGAGUGUGUGAGUUCAUCUGAUAGAGUUUGCUGUCUUUUACAUGUGCGUCCCUGCUGGAUGUUUAAAUACUUUGAAAUGAUAACAAAAAGUUAAAUGAAAAAUGUCAAUUGUGACUUUUCUUUGUUUACUAAAGAUUAAAAACUACUUUUUUUUUUCUUUCUUUUUUUUAAUAUAAGCAAUAGCCGUGACUCGGUUCACCUGAAGAUAAUUUUGCCCAGGGUAGUAAAUCAAAUUUGUUUUUUAAGGCUAUGACCAAAUUUGCUUGGACUUAUCCUCUAUAGUAUGCAGCAUAUAUUACUUAUUUCCACAAACUAUAGACCCCCAUUAUGAUUAAAACACCAAAUCAGCUUUAAUAUUUCCUCGGGGGGCUUGAUCCCACAUAAACAUGGAUUAUUUUGAGAUAAUCCUGCGUACACAACAUUGACCUGCUGUCCUUGAACACGACAUGUGCAGCUGAAAAUGUGAAAAUGGUCCCAACAAAUUUACUAUAUACUGCUUGUUACACAUGAUGUCCUUUAUAAUACUGUGUUUUACUGUUUUUAAAAUACACUGCAAUAGAAGGAGAUUUAAAAAGCAGCAAAUGGACUUGAGAUAAGAGCCAUAUCCCAAAUUUACGACAAUAACUGACAUCAUUUUGCCCAUGUCAGUAUAUUCGGUGUCAAAAAAUAGAUUAAUGCAAGUUAGUUUUGGAUGUGUGUAGAUAGGCUAUGGUCUCAUGUCCCCUUAAGACGCUGUCCUGUGUCAGAGACGUGACUCCACCCCAUCCAGUCUGUAACAAAGAGGGAAAGACAGGUGAGGAGAUGGAGGACGGUUCAAACGUUGUAGCAGUUCGAGUGGCAGCUGAAGUAGACAAAGUUAAUGUGGGAGGGGGCGAGCAGCUUGUGGAGUAGUUAUCGUCCAUUUAUUGUUAUCGAGUUGAACUACUCAAUAUAUCCUGAUAUUGAUUUGAGGCCAUAUCACCCAGCUCAAUACCAAGGGGAUAGUACUAGGGAUGGAUGAUGAGCUAAAAAAUGUAUGCACAGAGUGAACAGACAUCCAGGAAAACUUAAAGAUGGAAUAAUAAUUUGUUGUUGUUUUAUGGACAUCUGGAAAAGAGAAGUUUUGUAUGGGUGUAUGGGUCCAUAUCAAAGAAGACUUAACUAUGUUUGUCUUCAGUUUUGUGGUCGAAGCAGGAAAAGUAAAAAUAGAUAUGAGGUCAUUCUUGAAUAGCUUGUGUUUUUUCAUAAUGUAAGUGGUGGUAAUGUUGAAACUCAUAAGAGAGCUGUAGCACUCAGAAAAACACUCACUCACAUGUGAGGACACACUCCUAACGCCCUUCCCUCCCCUUGUGUCUCUCCUUUCCCCCAUCUUGUCAUUCACAUUAGUCUCCAGUUCACUGCUCCCUCGUCUCUCCUCCUCCCUCUCAUUGGCUCUGUCUCUCUCUCUCUCUCUCUCUCUCUCUCUCUCCCUCUCUCUCUGUCCUGCACUCUUGCUCACUUUCUCCCACAUGCUGCUUUCCUUUCUCAUUCACUAUUUACCUGUAUUUCUCUCUCUCUCUCUCUCUUUCUCUCUGCCUCCCCCCCUCCUCCCCUCCCAUCGCUCUGUGGUUUUACACUUCCUGGCUUGGCACGAUACCCUUGAGAGAGAGCAGCCCCACAAUUCUCUCUCUCUCUCUCUCUCUCUCUCUCUCUCUCUCCUCUUCUAUGAGAGAUGCUCGACAGCCGUUUCUCUUCCUCCUCCUCCUCCUCUUCUUCUCUCUCUCUGUAAUUCCACUGUCACUUAGUCUGGGACAUAUUUCCAAAACCAUCCUCACCGUUUCUCCCCCUUUUCCUUCAUGCACCUCAACACUCAUGUGUGCAGUACCGUGGCGAGGUAUUGCUGAGUGUGUGCAUGUGUGUUUAACCGGCCAGAGGAGGCUGACAUGCUGGUGUGGAGUGUAAUUGCUGCUUUUUGACCGCCUGCACGCGCGUAUGAGUGUGCAUGUGUGGAGGCUCAGCUGCUCUCAUGUUCAUCUGCCAACACAGCCUCUGCUACCGGCAACAUGUUUCGACGCACAAAAAGGUAAAUGGCAACAGUCUGUCCUCGUGCAUUUGGUCUUUGUGUGGCGCCUUUUGCUGUUGUCUGCGUGUGUGUCGGAUCACCCGAGGAGGUUGUUGUGUUUUUCCAUGAUGUUUCUGUUGUUCCUGCCAGCUUUCAUGCUGUCUCACAGUUGUCUCCCUGUCUCCAUUUAGCUCCAGCAAUAUGGUGUAUGUGUGUGUGUGUGUGUGUACUCCUGUGUGUGUGUGUGUGUUGGCAUUAUUAAAUGCAUGUGUGUAUAUAUGUAAUGUGAUUUUGUGCAUACAGCAUGUUUUAUAUCUGAUAAGUGCAUGCCUGAAGGGCUUUUAAACUACAGCAAGGUUUGAUUAGUCCUCUGCUGGAGUGUGUGAGCGCGCACACUCUGAUAAUGUGUGUGUGUAUGUGAGUCAUAAAAGGUACAUUUGUGUUGGAUUUGUAUCCAUUUAUAACCACAUAGAGCUUUACUGUCGUUGUGCACAAGGAUGUGCUCAAGGAUUCAGCCUGCCUUUAGAUUAUGGCUGCUGACGUCUCACUCACACACACACACACACAAACACACACACAUUUAUACACUCACACAAACACUCACACACACACUGGAAGAUAUGUGUGCGCUUGGCCGGCAGCCUGUGAGCCAGAGAUAGUAUUAUGAAGUGAAAGCAUUAUUGUCAGUGUCCAGGGAGUGCUUAUGUAGCGGAGAGCCAACAGUGGGCAGUGCUGGAGUGCUGUCUGCCUGGCUCAGGUCCUCGCUCUUCCUCCUUACUCUUCCUCACCUCGAUCGUUUUUCUCUUUUUGGUUUUACUUCCUGCCCUGUAAGUCACCUGACUACAUCGGCGGUCACCUGGUGAUAUAUUUUCAUUGGCUGAUAGCGAUGCCAGUAAUUGGAGAGCAGGUCAGGCAAUGGCCAACAGACAACGACAAUAUCAUGUUAUAGUUUGUUUUCUUCAUUUUGUACGUAACAUCCAUGGUCGUCUAAGUCUGUGACAUGUUUUGAAUGGAUUUUUAAUUAAUUAGUCAAAUAGAAAAAUACUUUGGGUGAUGCUAUAGAUUAAAAACAUGAUCACUAAAAUCCAUGACUCUAUUUACAAUAAUACAUUUUAUAUUAAAUCUCAAGCCUGUUAGUGUUCGGUGUUUGUUUUGCUGUUAUCUAUGAUGUAAAGGGUUUGUGACGUUUCAGGGUGAAACAAAAAAAAAGGGAAAGACCCAAAUCCAGGACGACAAAAAAGGGUUUAUUUAAAACAAGAGCUAAACAAGAAGCAACAACAACUUAGUAGAAAAUGUCCAGCUCAAAAAUCCAAAAAAUGCACAGGGGGAAAAAACUACGAGGAGACACUGGAGACACUUGAGACAUAGACAUACAACACAGGGAAACAGGGAAAGACAAGGACUAUAUAUACAGACACAGGGAAACGAGCAACGAGAGGCAGGUGAGACACAGAGACACCGGUGCAGACAAUCACUAAGGAGGGAGAACUGAGGAAGUAAAACAAGACUAGAAACACUGGGAAUAAACUACCUCAAAAUGAAACAGGAAACACUGAAAACUGAUAUACAGAAUAAAACACUGAGAACAUGAGGGAAACAGGGUCAGACACAAACUGAAAACUCACAAUGCAGGACUCCAGGGGAACAGAAACACGAGAGAAAAUCACAAGGAAAAUUCACUGAAAUCACAAAACCAGGGGAAAAACUAAAUAAACAGAAUAUAUCAUGACAGGGUUUCAUUUCAGGGAUGUGGACAUCGCUUGACAGAGGUGACAGAUGAAGUUGCCUUCAUUGUCUGCAGAUGUUAUUUAGUUAUGAGUUGCAGUGCUCAGCAUAAAUGAAUACACCCCUUCAGCAUUGUCAGAAAACCUUUAGUUUCCUUUCAAAAUCAACAUUUUCAUUGUCAGACUUUAUAACAAAAUACUCCCCCCAAAUGUAGGCCAUUUAUUGCAAACAAGAUUUUGUACGUUGCGUACAAAAAGUAUUUUUUUUUCAAUUUAAAAUCGUGAUGCAAAAAGGAGUACACCCCAAUCAAAGUUCUGGGAGUAAAGCUAAAUUUUAGUUACCAUGUUACCCUUUUUUUUAUAUUAUGGUAAAUAAAAUAUUAUGUUAAACUCAGCUUUGUCAAAACUUAGGAAAUUGUACUUUUGCUCAUCUAUAUUGAGUAAUACUUUACUUUUAAUAGGGGGUGUACUGACUUAUACUGGGCACUAUAUUUAUUUAUUUAUUAAUAUUUUUUUAUUUUUAGUUUAAUCAGCCUCGUGAGCACAGGUAUCAGCCAAUGUUGAUUAUUCUAGUAAUAAGCUGGAUCAGUGAUAAGCCGACCACUUCAUCACUUUGUCUCUAGUUGGGAACCCUUUCAGUUUUUCUUGGACUCAAAUCAGCACCCAUGGGUCUCUGAGACUCACGACACUGAAAACCUCUCAACAUCGCUGCUCUCCUCUGACUGUCAGCCACCAUGCGGAGUGUGGCCUGUCCAUGUGUGUGUUUACUGUUCGGCAUGUUUGCCAUCUGUAUGCCCACGCGGGAUGUUUUUCCCUUAUGCCUGUCCUAUAAAUGUAAAUCUGCUUGUUUGUGAGUGGGCAUGUCAUAAAAUCCCACCUCUGGAGCGGUUAUCAUGUCGUGGCUACUGGUUGGACUGUGACUAAAGAUAGUAUUUGCUUUUGAUUGAUUUUUUGAAAAGAUGUUGGAUCCCGGUUCCUUUGGGUAUUUCAGAUAAAAUUAAAAGGAGAAAACAGAUCUUUUUGUCUUUGAGUGGCUGAAACUAAAAAUAUUUGACCUUUUUGGAGAUUUUUUUUUUAAAGUUGGCAUCUUUUAUUUGUUGUCGCUUUAUAAAUCGUGUUGGCAUGGCGUGAUGAAAGUGUUGUUCUUGUCGGUACUGGAACUCUUGCUUGUGAGAGAAAUAUUCAAACAACUCCCAAACCUCACUCUGAGUUAUUAAUACCAUCAAAUAAUGUAUCCCCAUUAUUUCUUCCCUUCUAAUUUUUAAUUAUCUCCCUCUCUCAGCUGUUCUUUGUGUGUGUUUGUGUCAUUAUUUCAUUAGUUUCUUUGCGUGUCUGUUGUGUUUUCUUGGCUUGCUGUGUCAAUUAAAGGAGAUAAUGCCUCGUGCCCACUCCAAAACAGACUGAGCCUAAGGAAGGCUGUCAAAAACUCAAAAACUGAGCGAGUAAGAAGAAGAAGAACAUGAGACAAACAGACAGAGAGACAGACAGAGAGAGAGAGAGAGAGAGAGAGCAGCAGAGGAAGAAAACGGAUAAGAUGAAAGGCAGCAGCCUGAGGAAGAGUCUCAACCUACAUUUAAGAGUAACCCACCGGGGUUAACUGAGCCCAUGACUAUACACCUUCACUUCCUUCUACCUUCCUUCUUCUUUCCUCUUGAAGGUGAACUCGCUUUGCUUUGUGGUUUUGACUCCUGAGACCGUGAAACAGGAGAGGCAGUGAGGGACAGGAGCCAGAGAACAAAAAAAGAGGGAAGGGUCUCAGUGUUCCUUUACUCUCACUAAGAAUAUGAGAAUGCAUGUUUAGCUCCCCCUCACACUGCACACACAGUAUUAUCCCACUCAUGCACAUCCUUACACGACGCACAGUGCAGAUGAUCCCACACAAAAACAACACACAGGACAUCUCAUCCCACUUGCACGCUGCACACGGUGUUAUUUGAUUUACGGAGCCAAUUCCUCUCCUCACACGUCUCCUGCUCGCUGAGGUGGCUUUCAUCUUUGUGGCAGGUAAUUUGAGGUAUUUUAAGCUUCAGUGCGACAUAAAUCAUGAUGAUGCACCUGGCAGCUCAUAAGUAGGCACCGCAAUUAUCUACUUUGGCAUCAGCCAUUGAACAAUAGUUAAAAUAAAGCAAGCAAUCAGCGGUGUCAUGACUAGAAGACGUUACAAAAAAGGUCCUUCUUUCAUUUUUAACCUGCAGAAAAGGCGCCCUUAGACACGAACAGGCUUAUCAUUUUAAUGAAAGCAUGCGCGUUCUGGUUCAGUGGCAUAUAUUUGAGCUUUUGCAUUACUUGGCUGGUCUAUUAAAAAGAAGAAGCUGCAGAGUGAAAGAUAGUAUAGAAAAUGACAAAAUCCUUCUUAUGCUCUUCUCCUGUUGCUUGUACCAUGACGGCGCCAUCUGUUACUGGCUGCUGUUCAGGCUGGCCUUAACCAAAACACACAGACUGCUUGUGGUUCCUCUUUGAUAUUGCGGUGACAUUAUAACACACAUACAACCUGGCAACAUGAGCUGCAUGUGACUCUAUUUCAGUCUCCUGAAAUACCUUGGUCCAUUUUUUCCAGAUGAGCAUGAAUCUGUUCUGAGGUGACGUUCAAGGCCGUGUAUUUAAAAAAGCAAAAAUGCCCCAAAAUACAAGAUAAAAACCCUGAAUGUCUUUUUGGAUUAUGUAAAGCAGUGCCAUUAUGUAAAAAUAACAAAUUUAUGCCUUUUGAAACAGAAUCCAAACCUGCAGAAUUUUUCAAAAUGGUUAAAAGAAUCCAAGCGUACCAUGAAGUGUAGCGGGUUUCUAGGGCUGGGCGAUAUGGCCUCGAAUCAAUAUCAGGAUAUAUUGAGCAGUUCACCUCGAUAACGAUAAAUGGAUGAUAACUACUCCACAAGCUCCUCACCCCCUCCCACAUUAACUUCGUCUACUUCAGCCACAACUUUUGAACCGUCCUCCAUCUCCUCACCUGUCUUUCCUUCUUUGUUACGGACUGGAUAUGGUGGAGUCAUGUCUCAGACAAAGGACAGUUUCUUAAAGGGACAUGAGACCAUAGCCUACCUACACACAUCCGAAACCAUUAUUUUUUUAUCUCUUUUUUCGACACCAAAUGUAUAUUGACAUGGGCAAAAUGACGUUGUUAUUGUCAUAAAUUUUGUAAAUUUUCAGUUUAUCGCCCAGCCCUACAUGUUCCUGCCUAGAGUCUGAUCAAAUGCAUGUUGCAGGAACAUAUUGACCCUUAUUUGUACGUUUCAGAUAUGAUUCAUCUGAUGUGUGAAAAUAAACAAGAUUUCACAAGAUUUGUGUAACUAUUCUGUUCAUGUAUGGUUUAAUACGACCAACUUCUUAAAGUAGCUUUCAGUCAAAUCCUAGCUGAUAAUAAUAUUAGCAAGUUAGCUGGUUGCUAAGGUUAGCGGUUGGUAGGGGUGGGAGAAAAAAUCAGUACAGCAUAGUAUCGCAAUAUUUGUCUAGUGUCUAUCGUAUUGUCUCAUUUACCAAGAAUUGAUUUUUUUCACAUUUAUUGUUAAUGUGAACAUGCAACAACAACAUUGUAAAAAUCGCAAUAAUAUCGUAUCGUGGCCCAAGUAUCAUGAUAAUAUCGUAUCGUGGGACCACUGGUGAUUCCCAACCCUAGUGGUUGGCAGUAGUGACAUUGGUAAUCUAAUGUACCAUUUCUACCUAAUGUAUGCCCAGAGUUCUCUCUGACGAUGAUGAUGAUUAUUAUUGUAAAUGCAAAAUCAGGCUCCUGUUAAAGCCCUUGAAUUUUAUUUACAGACAUUACAGAAAGUCAAUUCUUUUUAUGCACAGUUCAACCAUGUGCCUGUUUAAAACCAUGAAUGUCAUACUUUAAAGUCUCAUCAUAUAACACAAGACAUCAUAUUAAGUUCAGUUAAGUUUAAUGACACACUGCCAUCUUCAUUCUUGCUCCCAUCUAGGAGAUAGAAGCAAUGGCCUUGCACGCUUGUGAACCCAUAUGCAUUACCCAUAAUAAGAUUAAAUUAUUUCUAAUGUCUAUUAGCCAUGCUGAGAGACUCUCCACUCAUGCUAAUGAACGCUGCACCCUAGAAGGAAGCGUUUUAUUCUUUGAGGGGGAUGGAUACGGAUCACUUGCUGUAAAUAAGAUUGUGUCUGGAACAAAGUGUAAAGUCAUGACUGCGGUGACUCACAUACAGUGUUUACACAGAGCUGCGAUAGAAACAGUCACCUACAGACCAACACAAGAGACAAAUGCAGACAGACGGGAAGCCGGCAGAUUAGAAAGAGAUAAAGAUACAUGCAUAAAGGGAUAGGUCUUUGUCACACUGCCACAACUUCCUGCUGCAUCACUCUGCCCAAGGAUACACUUUCACACCUUCAGAGGACAUCUGACAACACCUUAGACUGGAGAGAAGUGAUGGGACCAAAAUAGAUGUCUGGACGUUUCUUUUGUCCUGUUUGGUUUCUAUUUAUGUGCUUUGCCUUGACUGUUGAAGCUGUGGUUGCUUUGUUUCUAAUAAUAUCUGUAUUAUCUAUAUUAUAAGUUACUGUUUUAAACUUCCAUUUAAUUUGUCUACAUAGAGCUAGGUAACAAUCUUGUUUUAAGUUGGGUGAGUGUGAAUCCAGGGACACACAACAAUCAACUAAGUUUAUAUUUGGUUCUGAUUGGUCAAUACUCCAUAGCAACAGUCUGUUGUUUAUGAAUAGCAGACCAAGUUUUGUGAAGAAUCCAUAGUUGUUAGAGAUGCGGCUCUGAUCACGUAACGUCAAUUUGCAGGAAGAAGUCAAUUUGAAGUUUUUUUUCAGCAAAGUGCCAAAAAAUCCUCCAACUUUGACCCUCUGCUCCAGCUGCAUCCUUUGAUAAGAAAUCAAGUAGAUUAGAUGAAACUCCUUUAAGGAGUUCAAUCAACUAUGAACCCUGUAACUCAUCCAAAACAUAGCAAAAUAGAUGUUCAGCUAAAAUAUGUGGACUUCCUCUUAGAGUUUCACCAUGAUGAAAAGAAGGGUUUUUUGUAGGUCUUUGCAGAAACAUGUGAGGUUAAACCCAGUGGAGUGGGCAUCACUUUUGAAGAUUAGAACAGGGGAUACAGAGACAGUUUUUACAAAGUUGUGUGCAUAAUCCAUAAAAUACCAAUUUGUAUCAGGCCUGAUGUGUGUGAAUGAUGGUAAGAUUUGGGUCGUGUUCAUAGACUGUACCAAGUCUUCCGUAGUAUAUACAGUCUAUGGUCAUGUUAGAGUAAGCACUUCAAGCAUCCGUGCAAGGAACAAUAAUAGUAACCAUACCUUGCAUUCCAAGAAGGCUCUUGCACUCUUUUGGUGCUAUCAUUUUAAUGGUGUCUCUAGACUGAAAACAACUUAUAACCAUCCUGAAAAAAUGCAUGUAAACAGAAAGGCUUCUGUUGUUUGUCAGAAAAAUAGCACACAACCCUUCCCCAACCCCUCUGGAUUGUGUUUAACUUUUCAUUUACAUGUUUUGUUAGAUUUAAAUGUGCCUGUUAAUUUUGAACUCAAAAUGGAGCCAAAUCACAGUCACCCCCUACUUGCAGUCUAAGCUGGGUUAUUUACCCCUCUGGUUUGGGGUUUCAAACUUAGAGAUAUAAAAGAGGUAUUUUCAAAUGACCCUGCAAAAAUUUUAUGAAACACACUUCACAAACAUUUUACUUUGUAUCCUCGGCUUUAGUGAUGCAGCUGUGUCAAGAUUACAUUUCAAAGGGUUGGAAAUAAAAGUGCAAGUUAAAUGUCCAGCGGCACAGUGGAUUGAUUUGGUGGGAGUCGAUUUCAACUGUGCUCCUUUCUGAAUGGAUUUAGAGAAAAAAAACAGCCCGAGGUCCUGACAGACUUCAGUGAGUACUUGAUUUAGCAGUGGCCACUAAAUCAGUCAACUACAGUGUGAAAUCAGCAAAGCGAGAUACUUGCUCAGCUAGAAAUACAAUCAGACUGUCAGCCAGCAUGUCCAUCACAAAAACAGCCCGUGGUCACUCAUUCAGGCAGUUGGCUUCUUUGUCCACCAGCCAACCUUUUAUGUAAUUAAACAUUAAACUCUAAUGGAUAACUAUACUCAGGAGUCAGAACAAAACAUUUUGUUUUUAGUAAACUCGCAUACGUUCCAAUUUAAAGCUGAAAAUUGUUUGUUAGUCAAAGCAUUAGCUUCUACAACAGCUGUUAUUUUUCCAACACGCUGAAAUAAAACAUUCUUUUUGUUUCUCUGCCUUUCUCUCUUCCUUUAUUCUCCUACUAUAUUUCGCUUUUGUAAUACAACUCUAAAGCUGUCUCAUCAUUUUUCUUCUUUCUCAUCUUUUUACUUUUAUCUGCUGCCUGUCAGCAUCACUCCAUCACCCCCUCAGUCUCCAUCUGGAGGCCCAAUGCUUGUUAAAGUUGGACACAUAUAGCUUCAUUUGGACAUUUUGAAGAGUGUAUGAAGAUCCUGGUGCAUGCUCUGAACAUUAACAGUAAGACCAGCAGUUAUUGUUGGAUAAUGGAGCACUUCAAGUGGGACCUGUCUGUUUGAUCAGAGAGCUGUUUUAAAGGGGUGGUCCAUUAUGAUCUCAUUUCCCACAGUCGUAAACAUGUACUCUCACCUUUAAGAGGGAGAGAGAGAGAGAGAGAGAGAGAGAGAGAGAGAGAGAGAGAGAGAGAGAGAGAGAGAGAGAGAUGUCACCUGACAGGAAGUGAGCCUGGACAAAUCAAUGGUGUAGCCAUUAUGAAGGUCUGGUGUCCUCUGUGCCCUGUGAGUCAGCACUUACUGCAGAAGAUGACACUGCUGACUGACAGACGACGCACACACACACACACACACACACACACACACACACACACACACACACACACACACCAGUGCUCCUAAUGUACCUGGUUAAACACAUUAAGUAUGCACCAGCUCACUCACACCUGUCACAGACUUGCAUGCAAAUGUCACGAUCCAACGUCGCACACAUUUCACACACUAACAUACACACAAGCAGGGUACACAUGUGGUUGCCUGUGUCCAUGAGAUCCUGCGGCAGACAGUUAAAUGUGGUCUCAUGAUGUGAUUUCAGGCCGUCAGUGUCUGUGCUCUGUUCCGAAUAGACUCAUUCUUUUAAUUGAUUAUGCAUAAUCUGUUCUGUUUAAAUGGCCGGCAGUCAGCAGGACUGUUGUGUAGUCCUAUCAGUGACUGCGUCUUUAUAAUGAACGUGCUCUGCUGUCCUGCCGUAAUAAAACUCUGCCAGAUGCCUUUUUUUGUUUAAUGAAAGAGAGAAACAAGAGAAAGAGAGGGGAGAGAGGAUUUGCAUGAGGAGUAAAUUAGGACAUAAUUCUGAAGGGCCAAGAAACAAUCAACUUCAGUACAACCAUUUAUAACAACUCUAUGUAUUUAAAUUAGAAUAAUGAAAGUUGAAGAUGUUUUUAUUCAAGAGAUGAUGCUGUAAAAAUAUGAUGUAUAACAUAAACAGAGUGAGUGUGUGUGAACAGUAGUCAACCUAACGUGUUUAUACCAUAGACUGUAUGUACUAUGGACAACUUGGCUCCGCCUUUCGCCAUUAUAGGAAUUUGACGCCGAGUUGCUCUCAGUAAUUCCGGGAUUUUCUCGACUUCCUGGAAUCACCACUGGCGCAGUAGUGUUGUGCGCAUUUUAGAGGAGAGUCGCUGUAAUGACACUCUGUUUAAACAGCGUAUCCCCCCGGAUGAGCUACAGAAACUUCGUACGCCCAUAGGCAUUAUCAAAGGGGCAAUCAAAGACAACAUGAACCCCCAAUAACCUUUAAAAACGGAGCUGCACAGAAAAAAGCACAAACCAGUCUUACAAUAACUACCUGUCAGCAUCGCAAGCGGGGGGAGAAAUAUGUAUGUUCUGUGUAAUAAAUUUCUAAAGUUUGUCCACAGCUCCAUAAAGAUUGCUGGAGGAGGCGGGGUUUAUGACCUAUACUGCAGCCUGUCACCAGAAGGUGCUGUUCUAGCAGUUGCUUCACCCAGCUAGGAGGCAGACGGCGUCCAUUCUAUAUACAAUCUAUGGUUUAUACAUAAACACACCUUUCUGUUUUGCCUUAAAAAAGGAUUUCACUGUCUCACAUCGGCCUGUUGUAACCUCUUGAAGUCGGCGACAUUGUUGUUGGAACCAUUUUGGAUUAUUCCUCAAGAUUGAUCAAGAUUAGUCUUUGCUUAUUGUUGUCAUUUGUUUGACAUUGUGGAUGAUUAUAUCUACAUUUUAACAAGUAGGAAAGUAAGAAAUAUUAUAGAUCUGAAGACACUAUAUAAAAAAAUGGUAAUACUAAGGUUAUUGGUAAACAAGGUUUAGAAUUUUAUCAUUGAUGCAUUCACAUAUAUAUUAAGAAGAAAACCACCUUCAUAGACCUAAAAAGUUAUAGUUAACCCUGAAGUUACCUUUGCUACAUUGUGAUUAAAUGAAGAUUCAUGUUGGCAUUACUAAAACUCUGUCUAAAAGAUUAUCAAACAAAUAAUUUACAUCCUUUAAAAAUGUCUUUACUUUAACUGUAAUUAUUACUCAAUUAGAAAAACAGAAAAUAGAUAAAUAAAACAUCUGCCUUAAUGUUGUGUAUCUUUGUAAUUUGUGAUACUUUCGUUGUAGCAAUGAGUGUAGACAGUUUUUUGGCAGUAUUUUGGGACCAUCACUGUGUGUUUUCUGUAUUUUUAUGAGUUUGUGUGCGUUCAUGAGUCUGUGUGUGUGUGUGUGUGAGACGAGUGGCUCUGUGCCAGCCGACGGCCUGCAGGAGGAUAAUUGCUUGUCAAAGCUUCAGCACGAGUCAUUACCACAGAUUUAACCUUUGAACCCCCCCAUAGCAGACUGACUGGGGCGUCACAGCCAAUGAAAGCCAUGGAUUUUAUUGCUAGUAGCAGGAAGACACAGCCAGGGGUUAUUGGCUGUCACAUCUGUGUGUCUGUUUGUGUUAUGGCUUUGGCUCUUUCACACUUGGUUGCCUUUCACAUUGUCUGUAAGCAUUAUCCUCCAAACACUGUCUCCAUGUAACUCACUCUGACAAGAUAUACCUGUAUGAUCUACUAAUUAUCUUAAAUCUUUAGUUUACUCCCUGCAGCCCUUGUGCUGUUUUGUGUAUACUAUGUGUAUACUAUGUAUGAUAUGAUAUAUUUGCCAAAUUGUGCAGCACAGCAAACUUUAACCACAACUACUGGCAUGUUUUGUAACAAUUUUUAUACAACUACACUUGUGUAUUAAGUUCUAGGUUAUAUGUUUCACACCUCAUGUGCCUCAAUAACUCUUUUACACUUCCAUUUUUUGAAGAGACAUGUGUGUCUUCAUUUGGAGUCAUAUUAUCCUUUGUUUUAAAGCCCAACAUCCAAACUCAAAUGUUUCUCCAUUCUAGUAAAAAGGAUCUAUUUUAAGUAGCUAAAUGUUCCACGGUGUAAUAACUUGCAGCUCAUUUUUAUCACUCAGCCAACUGUGAUAACAUCUUGGCUCUCAUUGGUGGUAAUCUGAAAUGAUUAAUCUGUCUCUAUAAACUGUUUUCUGUGGCUUUGGAGACAAAUCUGUGCUGUACUGGGUCAUUCCAAACUAAUUAGUCUUUAGACCCCCCCUCUGAAUCAGAAAUGGCCUCACUUGGAAUAAGACAACACCUCAUUAUUAAUUAUUUUUGUGCUUCUAUAUACAGUAAAACUGAGAUUAAUCAAUAACAGGUAAAGCUUCUUUGGGGAUGUUUCUCUGAGGGGUGUCCCGAUACAAGUUUUUUUACUUCCGAUAUUGUAGCCUUCAGUAUUGGCUGAUACCGAUAUUGUUCCAAUAUUGGCCCAAACUUGUGCAUGACAAGUUUUGCACUCCGACUUAAACGAAAAAUGGGCUUUAUGUGCCGAUUCAGGCACUGCUAGAUAGAGGUGCUGGAGCGGAAUCUGGAAUGGACUGCUUGUGUCAAAGUGCUGCUAUCUGAGAUUUUAUCCGGCGGAUUUAAUCCGAUAUUCUUUUUUAUGAUAUCAGACCGAUACCCAAUAUCAAUAUCAGAUUGAGACAUCUCUAGUUUCUCUAGUUACUAAUUGGACUUUUAUCUAACGAGGUCAGAUGAAAAAGAACAUACAUGAUUGUGCUGGAUGAUGGCCAGUACAGAAACUGAUUACUUGCCGACUGCGACUGAUGUUUGUUGCUGAAAAGAAACCAAAAAAAGAAGCUUAAGGUUGUUAAAAUGCUCCAUUUAGCUGUGGCUAAAACUGAAUAGUUGAUAACAGUUGUCUGUGGCUCUGUCUCAACAUUUCACAUCAUCUAUUGUUUCUAUGAAAAAAAAAAAACACAUUUGCUUUCCUUUAACACGAUUGCUUGUUUCAGUGUGCGAUUUCAGUGUAUCUUAGAUUAGUCUCUGCUGAAAAAAACAGUGCACUUUGUAGACUUGUUAUGUAGCUUUCAGCAGCGACAGCUCUUUGAACUUUCACAAACUUUUAGCAAAGUCCAAACACACAUCCGUAAAGAGUCUAUGUUAAAGGAGAAGGAUACUGGUGAUCAAAUAUACAUGCAUGAUGAAACAUGGCGACUUUUCGAGAUUAUCUAGGAUUACAAAAUUGGAGUGUAAUGAGGACUCGUUAGGGUUGGUCGAAAGCUCUGAAAUAAAUGUUUUUUUUCUUUGGACCUUGAACGGACUGAACCACGCUUGACUCACACAGUCACACACAUGCACACACACAUUGUGUUUCUCUUCUUCACAGCUCUUUCAUCAGCAUGUCAGCUCGUCAACAUGGACAGAUACAAUAGCAGCAUGCACUGCUGACCCCAGUGGCUCACACUGUCUGACCCGCACCGACACACACCUCAUCACCGCUCCUCUGUCACACACAGAUUGCGCCUGCAUUACGGAUUACACAAUGGAUUAUAAUGGAUUAUAAGCCUGCACUCACAUGAAAACAAACAAUCUGCGGAUGAGCCUUAUCAGCAGACACUGACUCACAGUGUUGUAGUUCGCUGUGAGGUGAGGUCAUAGUUUGGGCAUUUCACUGAUCAGAGACGAUUUAAUCUGAUUCUCCAGGAUUCUGUUUCUUUACACAAGUUGUCUGUUUUCACUGUGUGCUCUGGUGAAAUGAAAAAAAAAAAAACGGUCUGAGAUGUCGCUGCCGCUGUUGAGUGUGACUUUAAAAGUGUUGCCAUGGUAACAUUGUGCAUUCCCCUUGUCAUCUGCCUUUUCCCUUUUUCUGGCUGCUCUUCACCUUUCUUCUGCUCUGUCAAUUUAUCACGAGCGGAGAGAAUUUGUUAUUGAUUUACCCGCUUGGGUUUGACUGUGUUUGAAUAUUUAAAAAGGUGGUGUCUCUUUUCAGCAGAGCUCCAGUUUUCUACUUAGAUGUAAUGAUUUGUAAUAGAACGAACCCAAAUAUUAGUGUUUGAUGAUAAAGUGCUGGGUUGUAAUGUGUGUGUUUUUGUAUUUAAUCACAAAACUAGGUUCAGCUCUAGAUUUAUGACUCCAAGAUGCUUUUACGCAGCAUAUAAACAGUCCCUAUCCUUCUCGUAUUCAUGCAUUCAUACACAUCCUCUUUACCAGUGUGGGGCAGAAGGAGCCCAGGCUGCAAAACCAUAACCAUGACAGAGUGAUUUAAAGUCACAUUUACACACACACUAACAGAUGCGCCUCCACUCCUAACACAUCUAAACCUCUCUUAUCUUUUCUCUCUACAGCAUGUUGGUAAUAACUCCUAACAGCCACAUAUGGAGAUCCUGUCCUGUAACCUCAACUUCACUGCCAUCACUGUAAAACUGUAGCUCUGAAUUUUUUAUCAUUUAAAUAAUGAAAAGUUGUUGAAUUCAAAGGUUGUGCUUAUCUAGUCCAAAGGAAAUUUGGACAUAAAAUUAGAAAUUUGAUCUGUUCUGUUUGAAGGUGACAAUGAUGUUGUGCUCCUUUUGCGAAUUGCACAGAAGCUGCUUAUUUAGUGAAGAUCUCUGACUCUGAGCACUUUGACAUCCACAGGAUUACCACAAUAUUUAAGAUGCCAGAAAACCUUUAAAAAAUCUAUAACAAGUGACCCUGAGGCCAGGUGGGAGGUGGACAUUAGCCCAGCACCUUUAAGCUGCCCUGAUCAAUAUAUAUAUUUAUAUAUUUUUUUUAUCACCAGAGGAUUAAAAUGACUAUUAGAUGAUGAUUUCUCUGAGACUCUGCAUUUACCCUUGACCUGAUUUGAUGCUUUUGGACAUUUUGGACUGAGUGAUUCAGUCACUCAGAGGUUAAUGUUCUUUUUACGGGCAUCAGCAGUCCAAGUAACUUCAGCAUCUCAUUCACAUUUCUGGGCUUUAGGAUGUCUGCCAAGUUUUGUGUUUUCCCUGUCAUCUCCUCAGCGGUUUUCAAAUAUAUUCCUCUGCUCCUUCUUACACUUGUAGUAAAACCUUUAAAAGCAAAACUUACACACUGCAACCUACAAAACACAAUUCUGAAAGUAUCCUGUAUUGAGCUGUUGCUGAGCAAGAAAGAGUUUAUCACUGAACUGAAACAAAGGUUGUUACGGAAGUGUAUUGCAGUCAUUUCCAAAAAAAGAAAAAAAAAAGGAAACUGUGUUUUGAGUAAUUUUUUUCUUCUUUCUGUUUUUCUAUUUUUUUCCUUCUGUUUUUUUGGACUAAUAUUUUCCCCCCUCCUUAUUUUUUUAAAAUUAUUAUUUAUUUAUUUUUGACAAAUUUUUAUUCUCUGUUUUUUAUUCUGUUUUUCGUACUAUUUUUUUUCCUUUUUUCUGUUUUUUCAGACUAUUUUUCCCCCCAAACUAAGCAAGAUACUUUAAAAUCCUGUGAGAGUCUCAUACAGUCAGAUAACGUUAACCAUCACGGCUAAAACAUAGGGUAUGCAAAUCCUGAGGUGCCUGCACAAAGAAGACAAAUUUAUGAUGAUUCCAUCUGACUUAGAGAAAGGAGUAUCUCCCAGUGUCUCAAACCCCCCAAAAAGUUAGACUUGAUUAAACUAAACAAGUGGGCCAUGUUUGCUUUUGAUAAAUCGAGCAGAGGGGGAUGAAAGCGUCUGUUUUUAGAUGAUCAUGAUCUGAGAGAAUAGGAUACACAGCUAGUCUGAAAAACAAAACAAACAAAAAAUAGUCCGAAAAACAGAAAAGAAAAAAAAAACCCUGAAAAACAGAAAAAAAUAAGUCCGAAGAACAGAACAGACAAAAAAAUUCUCUAAAAAACAGAGCUUUUUUUCUUUUUCUGACACUUCUGUAGGUUGUACACCAAAAAACAAACAAAAACAAUGAAACUGGCCUGAGUCCUCCCCCUCAACCUCGGAGUCUAAAUGUUUAAUUUUUGGCUAUUAGUGCGCAAAAUCAAACCAGGAGUCCUGAAAAUCUCGUCUCUAUGGGGGCGUGAGUAACUUCAUUUAAUUGGUGAUGUUAGAUGUGUGGAAAAUACAAAUUUCCUGCUGUUUUCCAAACGCUCAUUUAAAAACUGUGAGCAUCUGCAGAGAGAUGUUACUGCAUGUCCCUCCUCCCUGUAUCCUCUAUCAAACGUGUUCUCUCACAGGACGCAGGAUUACGAGCAGCAGAACUCUAUGUUGACCUUUUGUGGUGAUAAACAUGCGAGUGGCUGCUAUUGUACAGACUAAAGAGCAGCACUCCUAUUUAACCUUUUUUCUCGUACAGUAGAAGUGCUUCAGGCAAGACGGCCUUUUUUGUAGCAUUCAUUGCAGAUAACAAUGUUAUAAAGCGUAACUGCUAUGAGAGACUUCUGGCUUUAUGGGAAGAUUCGAUUGCUCUGCCUUUGUGGGUUUUCAUUUUGUUCUGUCUUUAAUAGUUUGGUUACUCUAUAACCCGAAAAAGGAGAGUUAGAGAAGAGGAAUGAGUCUUCUUGACUUCCUGUGCUUCAAUUAUUCAUCAGUCUGAGUUCAUUUCAAAUGGCAGAACAUGCAUAAGACAGGAUAUUGAGGAGUAAUGAUGUAGAAACACACAAGUUAUUAGAUUAUAGUAAUAAAAAUUUUAAACCAAAAAUGAGCAGUGGAAAAAGCCACAGAGUUGUUGCACAUAAGGUCAAAUCCAUUUUCUGAUAUUAUAAAGUUCGCUGCAUGAGAUUCCACAUAAAAAAUGAAUCACUGCCAUAUGACGAUUCUCUGGCAGAGUUUAGCCGCUGUGGAUGUGAUGAAUCAUGAAUCAAAGGCUAAGAAUAUGUUCUGGAGUGAAGCCUGACGAGUCAAUGCUCAAGUGAUUCAGCUUUUGAUUGAGGAAAAACAGCAUUGAAACUGUGGGUUUGAGAGACUGCAGGUUAAGGAGGGGGAGAAAGCCGAGGAGAUUGCAGACAGGUUCAAGAGUGGAGGUAUGGUUGCAGGAUACACAAAGGGAAUCAGAGGAAUUUACUGCGCGCACUUCCAGACUCUUUGAUUUUUUGUUUUCUCCUCGCUCACCCUUCUGCCUUUGCCCUUCUGUUCUCAUCUUCUGAGUGCCAAGCCACUUCCAGCCCUACCUCCCUCCCUUCAAAGCUAAUGCAUUUCUCUUAAAUAUUUCAAUAUGAUCCUCCUCUGUUCUGCGAGGUUGAGUACAAGCUCUCCCUCAGCUGGCGCCCACAGAGGUGCACUGCCACCGAUAAAAGGGAGGAUGUGGGAGAACUGCAGGAUGGGCUUACAGAUUAUGGAUUGAGGGAUAUACAUAAAAAGACAGACGUGUUUUGUUAUCAUGCAUUUCUUAUUUUUAUCCAUGCAUCUAUGAUUUACUUGAUUCAUGUGCAGACAUAGGGCAGUGCGCCGGCUGACGCAACAGGGAGCAAACUUGUAUUGUUUGUCGGAUGUGGUUCUGCUCUGUGAAAUCUGCUCUGACAGGCUCUCCAGUGAAGCACGCAGACGAGCACGAAAAGGGCCUGUGAGCUCAUCCCAAUCCACACAUGAAAAUAACACCUGAAAAAUCCACCUCCCACUUUACAAGCCGUUACAUAAGACAAUAAGCCUCAUGCACAUCUGUGAAGUUGUUCAGUGACACCUCCGGCGAGUGCAGCUUUUUAUGGUUCAAUCAUUUCUGUUUUCAAUCACGGUCCAUACCUGACCUCCAUGAGCCUUUUUCUUCCUCUCCGUCUGCCUCUUCAUCCCUCUGCCGCCUCAUCACUCCUGCUUUUAUAUUUCACGGCAGCAGCUGUCGUGGGGCUGGACCUAAAGGAAAUUAAAAAUCUUGUUGCUCCAUCGCUUUCCCCUGUGGACCGGCAGAUGUCAAUAAAGUCUUGCAUUAUGGCAUGUCACAUGCACACACACACUGGAAAAAAUACCGCACUCAUGAGAAAAUACACAACAGACUCAGAGAUGCACAUGCAGCACUGAAGGCUAUACAUUUACUCCUGGUGACAAGUGGGAGCAGACAGUAUAUUCAUUAACCUCAGGGUCACUCUGUGGGGUGUGUGGGGCAGUCAUCAUCGGUCUGGUAUUGAUGAAGCUUUAAAUAUAAUGAAGACAAAUAUUGAGGUUUUCUCUUUUCUCUCUCCUGGUCUAGUUGUAGAACCAGUAACCGGAAGAGCCUCAUCCUGACCAGCACAUCCCCCACGCUGCCACGGCCACACUCUCCUCUGCCCGGACACAUCGGUCAGUAAAGAAACUCUGUGAUAUUUCAAUAAAAACUGGAAACAUUUUUACUCAAAUAAAUAAAAGACUGCUGUGUUUAUUGAAAAUAUAUAAGGACAGCAUUGAAGGUGCAGUAUGUAAAAUUUAGCAACAUUCAGCAAAACAGUGGAACAGAAAUGGAAUAUAACCGUGAAAAACAUGUUUAUAGAACAUGUUUAUAGAAUGGACGCCGUCUGCCUCCUCUCUGGGUGAAGCCACCGCAAGAACAGCACCCUCUGGUGGCGGGCUGCAGUAUAGGUCAUUAAUUUCGCUUCCUCCAGCAAUCUCUAUGGAGCUGUGGACAAACUUUAGGAAUUAAUUACACAGAAUAUAAUUUGUUCUCCCUCCUGCUUGCGAUGUUGUCAUCUAGUUACAGUAAGACUGGUUUGUGCUAGGGUCCUCUUUUAUAAAUAAAAUAAAUAAAUGAAUAAAAUAAGAUAAAACGAAUGAAUUAAUAUUGAUAAAUAAAUAAAUAAAAUAAAUAAAAAUAAAUAAAUAAAUAGAAAUAAUAAGUAAAUAAAUAAAUAAUUGAAAAAUAACUUGUAUAUAUAUUUAUAUAUAUAUAAAUAAUUAAAAAUAAUAAAUAAAUAAAAAAUGAGAAACUAUAUUUACAUGUAAAAAUAACAAAAUAAUAAUGAUAAAUAAUAAUAAUAAAUUAAUAAAAGGAUUUAAGAAACUACACUCACCGGCCACUUUAUUAGGUACACCUGUCCAACUGCUCGUUAACACUUAAUUUCUAAUCAGCCAAUCACAUGGCGGCAACUUAGUGCAUUUAGGCAUGUAGACAUGGUCAAGACAAUCUCCUGCAGUUCAAACCGAGCAUCAGUAUGGGGAAGAAAGGUGAUUUGAGUGACUUUGAACGUGGCAUGGUUGUUGGUGCCAGAAGGGCUGGUCUGAGUAUUUCAGAAACUGCUGAUCUACUGGGAUUUUCACGCACAACCAUCUCUAGGGUUUACAGAGAAUGGUCCGAAAAAGAAAAAAUAUCCAGUGAGCGGCAGUUCUGUGGGCGGAAAUGCCUUGUUGAUGCCAGAGGUCAGAGGAGAAUGGCCAGACUGGUUCGAGCUGAUAGAAAGGCAACAGUGACUCAAAUAACCACCCGUUACAACCAAGGUAGGCAGAAGAGCAUCUCUGAACGCACAGUACGUCGAACUUUGAGGCAGAUGGGCUACAGCAGCAGAAGACCACGCGGGGUGCCACUCCUUUCAGCUAAGAACAGGAAACUGAGGCUACAAUUUGCACAAGCUCAUCGAAAUUGGACAAUAGAAGAUUGGAAAAACGUUGCCUGGUCUGAUGAGUCUCGAUUUCUGCUGCGACAUUCGGAUGGUAGGGUCAGAAUUUGGCGUCAACAACAUGAAAGCAUGGAUCCAUCCUGCCUUGUAUCAACGGUUCAGGCUGGUGGUGGUGGUGUCAUGGUGUGGGGAAUAUUUUCUUGGCACUCUUUGGGCCCCUUGGUACCAAUUGAGCAUCGUUGCAACGCCACAGCCUACCUGAGUAUUGUUGCUGACCAUGUCCAUCCCUUUAUGACCACAAUGUACCCAACUUCUGAUGGCUACUUUCAGCAGGAUAAUGCACCAUGUCAUAAAGCUGGACUCAUCUCAGACUGGUUUCUUGAACAUGACAAAGAGUUCACAGUACUCAAAUGGCCUCCACAGUCACCAGAUCUCAAUCCAAUAGAGCAUCUUUGGGAUGUGGUGGAACGGGAGAUUCGCAUCAUGGAUGUGCAGCCGACAAAUCUGUGGCAACUGUGUGAUGCCAUCAUGUCAAUAUGGACCAAGCUCUCUGAGGAAUGCUUCCAGCACCUUGUUGAAUCUAUGCCACGAAGAAUUGAGGCAGUUCUGAAGGCAAAAGGGGGUCCAACCCGUUACUAGCAUGGUGUACCUAAUAAAGUGGCCGGUGAGUGUAUAUUUACAUGUACAAAUAAUAAAAAAUAUUAAUAAAUAAUUUUGGAAAACUUUAUUUACAUGUAUAAAUAAUACAAAAUAUAUGAAUAAAUAGAAUUAUUUAAGAAACUUUAUUUAAAUAUAUUGAUAAGAAUAAAUCAUCUUAAAUAAAUGCAAAGAUUUACAAAAUUUAGCCCUGCUGUGUUUUCAUGUCACAUGACUUGAAUGCAUUAGGUGCCAUUAAAGAGACUGAAUUAUUGGAGCGCCUCAUCUGAACACAUAUAUGUUAUCCUCAGUCCACAUCAGCUGUUGUGUUGUGUCCAUAUGUAUUUAACAGGAAGCAGUCCUCUGGACAGCCCACGAAACUUCUCACCGAGCGCUCCCGCCCACUUCUCCUUCGCCUCUUCUCGCAGGUUGGCUUCGCUCCUUUAUUCACACAAUGAGUCACACAUGCUACGUUGCAGGAGCAGCGCUAAGUGAGACAGGAUUAUUUUUCCACUUUCACUCGUGUACACAGCAGGUGACACUUCUCAGGGAACACACCCACUCGCACACUCACACUCACACACACAUUCACACAUUCACAUAUUUAAGGAAAAAACUGCAUGACUCUUAGUCUUAGUACCGAGCUGCUCCUCCUGAAUUUCUCUGACAGAGGGGUGUGAGCAGACCGAGAUGAAUGAGGUGAGGUGCCAAACAUGUAUCCUUCAUCACUCACUCAGAUUAAGUGUCAAGCUCAGGGAAGGCAGCAGAUAGCCUGAGAGAAGAGAGGAAGAAAAGAAGUGAAAGUGUGAUUGGAUAGAUGGAAAAGAGUGGAGGUGGUGGGGUUUCUUUAUUGUAACAAUUAAUUCUGUUGUUUGGGGAGACUGAAAUAGAAACUGAUAUUGGAUUCUGGCUGUAGAAAGUGAUGUAAAAACUCGCUGUUUUCAUUGUAGCAUAUGUCCUCUAUUUUCCCCUCUUCUUUUUUUAUGAAUCUCUUUCUUUUCCACAGAGCUGAUGGUCGUCGCUGGUCCUUGGCCUCUCUGCCGUCUUCGGGAUAUGGCACCAACACACCCAGUUCAACGGUAAGAGGAAGAGAACAGACUCACGUGCGAAGCUACAGAGCGAUCUGUCAAGUCCUCAACUACUACCCAAUCCAUCUGACAGUCAAUCAAUAUCAAACCAAGACUGGUUUUGGAUACUGAGGAAGUAAAUUCUAAUUCACAAUCACUAACAACAGUGCGGUGCAAGCAUAAACGCCAUAGAUGAAACAUUUAAAGCCACAUUAUAAAUCUGCUCUUCUCAUUUUAAUCUACUUUUUAGAAGAAUUUAAAUCAAAUCAAAUUGAGGCAUCAGAAAACUUUUCCUCAUCUGCUCAAUAUUUUUCUGAGCUGGAACUGAUUUUGCAUGUCCUCGAAAACACAUGAAUGUAGCUGUCAAAGAGGACAGCAAAGUGUCUCCUGUCGAGUUCCCUUGAAGUAAAACAUCGAGCAUCUGAUGGUUGUGAUGAUUUCACAGAGAAAUCCUUUCAAGUGUUUUUCCUUCCACUGCAUGACAAGUGAAAGCUUGUAGGAAUCAAAGCCUUUCCUUUUUUUCCCCAACAGAAAAUUGAAGGAUCCAAAGUUUGGAAAAAAGUCUUUUAUUUCAGAUUUAUAAGUUAGAAAGUCAAGAUACAACAUUUUACUUAAGGUUUCACUUUUGUUGGUUAAUUGAUGAAGUGGGUUUCAGCAUGAAUAUGCAUCUCACAAAAAAAGAAUUAAUUUGCAUAAAUCUUCAUGCAUAAAAUCUGUGUGCUGUUCUACUUGUAAAUUCACUCUAAAGUUGCAUGUUCCACUUUCCCCCCCUUGCUCUGCUUUGAAAUGAUUACUCUGCACACUUUGUGCUUAGCGGCAUGCAUACACAAACUCACACAGAGGCCCCAUGUGUUCUCUGAGUUGGCUGCUGCUAGUCUCAGACGAUGAUUUAAAAGGAUUUCACUGCUGAGUUUCAAGAACAUGUACUGCAUGUAAACCAGAGCUAAAAAUAACUAAUCAGUUGCUAAGAUAUGAUCGACCUGAUUUAUGUGCAGCUGAUGACUUGGCCUUUCUGAUGAAAGUAGAGCGUAGAUAAUUGAAACAGAGUGAAACCAAUCUGUAUAUCUGUUACAGUAACUAUUUCUUCAUCCAUCGGUUUGUCCCCAGAGAUGCAGGUUGGUGAUAAAAGGGGCAACAGAGACGAGUUAAAGUGAGCGUGGGCGGAGGUGAGAUGUGUUUUGAAGCUACCAGGGAGGAAUGUUGUCCAAGCAAAAGAUAUUCACGGCAUUAGAAAUGGAUGCAGCCAAGGUCCAUUUAGUAAAUAGUCCAUUGGAGAAAUGGGCUUUAAUGGGUAUGAUGCUCAGGUGGAACCAAGGUGUUGACUGGUAAUCCACUUCCUGUUCGUCUCUGUGCCAUCCCGAACACAAUCAGCCUCUGUGCCUCUCUGCAGCUCUUUGACACAUCAUUUCUUUCAUUGACUGCAUCUCUUCACAGCAGUGCAUAUAGAGCGACAUACACAGCAGGAGACUCAUUGAUCUUUUUUCAACGACAGAUGAGGUAGAAGAUAGUUUCUCCCUCUCUUCAUCCUCCCCUCUACCUCCAUCACUCCUCCACCACCCCUCCAUCCCCUCCCCCUAGGUUUCAGUGCUCGGCUGGUUCUUACAUGGGCCAUUACUCACUUGAUUAGUUACAGCAGGAGCCUUGCAUACUGAAAAUAGGAGAUGACAGAGGGCUCUUCGUUUGUGUGUGUGUGGCAUUUUCCGUUUGAGGAGGUACAUAUGACAUGCAUUUGAACUGUUAAUUUAUUCAGUUAACUGUUAAAAGUGUUUAAAACUGUUCAAAUAUGUUGUUAAAUGGAAAACCCUUCAAAUAAUGCUGCGUUUGAGUUACCCCCAAUUUCCACCGCAUCCGAAAUGGAAAUGAAAAGGCUGUAUCCGCCAAUCGUAGCUGAUCGUAACCAUACUUCUGAAGUCAAAAGUUCAAGCUAGAAAAUGACAUCACACCUGGGUUACCAGCAUUUCAGUUAGCAAGUCGGAAAAAAGCAAAAUCGGGGGAGAAAACCAGAUGGCUUAGUUAUUCUAUGUUAUUCUAAGUUAUUCUAGCGCUUGCCUUGUCCUUGCUUAUAUUCGGGUGUGAUGUCAUGUUCAGCUCCGACAUCUGACUUCCGAGGUAACUUGAACGCAGCAUAAGAUCAUGAUGACGUAACAGGUGAUUUAAGGCUCAUUUAUGCUCAACAUUACAUAUGGAUCCGGAUACGGAUGACCAUCCGUGCUUUGCAUUCUCUUCGUCCGUAUUGCACCACGUAUCCUUGACGCUUACGGAUACGGGCCAGAUGGAGCAGUACCACCGGAAACCAUGGGGGCAGUGUUGCUGCUGUCCAUCGACUGUUUAUAGAAUGGACAGCGUCUGUUUCCUUGCUGGGUGAAGCCACCGCAAGAACAGCACCCUCUGGUGACAGGCUGCUGUAUAGGUCUGAGCAGAGCAUCAUCACAGCGACUCUCCUGCAGAAUGUGUACAAUGCUACUGUGCAAUGUUGGUUCAGGAAGGGGAGAAAAAUUGAAGAAUUACUGAGAACUUUUUGGCCUCAAAUCUGUAAACUGGUGAAAGGCGGAACCAAGUUGCUCAUAGUAUAUACAGUCUAUGCUGCUGUCAUUACCCGAUACGCACUGUAUCACAGUACUGAGAAUGACGAUCGUCAAUUUAUCUCAUCAGUACUACUACAGACUUUUUUUCUCCAUCCUCCAAUCGCGAGGCAUUUACUGGCCUGACGGACCACCGCCUCCUCCUCCGACGCUGCCUCAGUUUCUGUCUCCUAUGCAAAAUAUACACGUCACUUUUUGUUUGUUGUUGUCUGAAACUUUUGACUCCGGCCUGCCCCCUGAUGGAUGUAAUGGUUAACAUCCAUGCGUACAUAAAGGACACAUGGAAGUAUGUAGGGCAGGGACGGAACCGUCGUUCGAGAUGGACGCAUACAUUUUCAUACAUAUGGCGAGCAUCAAUGAACUUCUUAACAGAUUUUUUGUUAAAGCUUGAAGACUCUUCCUAAUUUCAAAGUACUUGAUGCACGUGUCUUUUAACCUUAAACUUUGUCAUCCCCCGAAACUGUAAAAAGUCAUACACACCAGUGACGCCAUCUCUGCCUUGACAAUGAAUCAACUACAAGUGCAGAUUGGCUGUUUCAUUUUUUUACAGCAUGGAAAAAUGCGAAUACAAACUUCAGUGCAACAGGUCUGUUACAGUUUUUCCGCCACCAUCAUAAAACGGACGAAAAGGGUGUUUAAAAAAGGGUGUUUCCUAAGAACUCUUUUCACAGCCUCUGUGGAAGAGCCCAAGACUUAUCUAAGAAAACUAAGACAUAACAAUGUGAGGUAAGGUGCACCCCUCUGUGACUGCAUGAAAAGAUGGGGUCAGAUAUCAAAGAGUUUUUAUCUGGGACAAUAAUCAGUGAUAUCCAGCAGACUUUUUUCUCAGUACUGAAGCCUUUUGUGUCUCCGGGGAACUUUUUAAUUGAUCCUGUGGAGUGGACUUGCAGUACAGUCAAAACAUUACCAUUUUAUUGUUUUUACUGCAGCUUGCAAGUGGCAAAUUCCUGUAUGCAGUCUUUAUAACAGGAGAAAUUGUUGUGUGGCCAAAGCCAACCUCUGUGUCCUGUUGGGAGAUGUGUUCAUUAAACCUCCCAUUGAUCCAGGCCAGUUUCUCCCUCCUGUGCCGAGGAAAAGUCUUUUGUUGAAGAUGGAAUAGCGCUGCCAUUAACCCCCCUAAGGCUGCAGACACUGAAAGCAGCAGUCAACUUUUACGUGGAGUCCCUUUUUUUUGGUUCCCUGCAGUCAUUUUUGCUCUGGUUUUUUAGUCCACAUUAUUCUGUUUUACCCUCCUACACCAACUCCUUCUGGAUAUUUUUCUUGCUUCUCCUCGCUCUCCUUCCCCUCCGUUUUCCUUUUAAGUAAGUCGCUUUUUGUUUCAGUUCUUUCCUCCCACUCACUUUAAAGUACACCUUGUGCUCUCUUCUCCUCUGUUCUCUUCUUUUGGCUCAUUGUCACCACAUCAGUUAACACUUUCUCACCAGUUGUUUUUUUUUCUUUACCCUUUAUCACAAGGUUUAUGUUAUGUUACUGCUGCAACAUGAGAAAGAUCUGACAAAGUUCAAAUUAUUACCUUAUUCUCUUUUCUUUUUUUUAAUGUUUGUCACCAGUCAUCCAGCUCAUCCCAGGAGCGACUGCACCAGCUGCCCUUCCAGCCCACCAUGGAUGAGUUGCACUUCUUGUCCAAGCACUUUGGCAGCACUGAAAGCAUCACGGACGAUGACGGGGGCCGACGUUCUCCACACGUUCGCCCUCGCUCUCGAAGCCUCAGGUAUGAGCAGCAGAAUUAAAGUGAUUUACAAAUACAGAUAACCCCGGCUACACCUCAGCAUUUAAAUUGUUUUAUUUGCAUGUUUACAUUGGAAACUUUCUGAUGAUUAAAAGGACAUUCAAGUUAUUGUUGUAUUAACUGUAUUAAUGAUUGUUUUGAGAUGAUUAUCCAAUGUUUGACUGGAAGGCUGGAAAUGUGAGGGGGUUAGAUGUCCAUUAAGGGGUUAAAACCAUAAAUUGAAACCUGUUGCCAGUAUGAAACAGGGUAUAAGUUUCUGCGAAAUAGAAUAAAAAAUAUAAUUUUUGUAGCUUGUUUCUAACAAAUCUGUGCGUGUUUUUACACUUGUGUAUUCAUACUUAAACUGAGAAACUAAACAGAGUGUUCCGACUUUCUGAUCAGUAGAUUAAUGUUAUUUACGGACAAGAUAGGCAAGUCAGAGAGCAGUUUAUUAUCCUGCUAUAAAAGUAUAAAACACACGAUGAGUACUUUCUGUUAAGCCGGCUUUCUCUUUUCACUCAGUGCUGCCUCCUUUGAUAUUCUCAGUGUUUGCUGUAAGUUCACCCUCCUGCUCUCUGUGUUUGUCUCCCUGCAGCCCGGGGCGCUCACCUUCCUGCUAUGACAAUGAAAUAGUGAUGAUGAACCAUGUCUACAAGGAGCGCUUCCCCAAGGUCAGCCUCGUACAAACACAGAUGAAAACUCUGCAACCGUAUUUUUUGGUUUUGGUGCUUUUGUUUGAUAUUUAUGAUGACCAAUUACAAAUCAUUUUCAGACACUUUAGGUGAACAACUUUCACGAAGACACACCUUCAAAUUUAGGCUGCUGAAUUGUGUGAAUCUGGACCAAGUUUAAUUGGAGAUCUAAUACAAAGAGUUUGAUCUCUGAAGGACAUUAAAAAUAGCCGCGCUCUUUGUUCUUUGAAAAUUUCUUUAUUCUGUAAGACUUUCACAAGGUCUUUGGUGUCUUGAUGUCAGGUUUUCACAGUUGUAAUCUGCUGUCAAGUCCUUUAGCUUUAACCACAACAAAGCAGAGUCGCUACACGAUGAUCUCUGUGAGAAAAAUGUUUAAAAUAUUUGUUUAAGAGCGGCAGAAAGCUAAUGUAAAAAGGGCAAGUGUUAGGUAUUUUGGAAAGGUAAAAAGCUGAAAGGGAAAAGAACCUCAUUAUUACAUUAGCUUGUAAGAUGCUGCACAAGUCUAAAAUCAGAGAUAAGAUUGAUGUAUCUUAGCCAAGAGGAACACUGUGGUGAUAUUCUUGGAUACACAGAUACAUGAUAAUUAUGUUAUCAGGGUUUAUCUGCAUAAAUAAGAAAAGAGAAGAACAAUCAGUCACAACAAGGAGUUACACAAACUCAGUAAUCUUGGGCUUUAGUUUUGGAUAUCAGUUCAGUAAGUGAGAGACUCACAACACAGCAUUAGAUUAAAUUCAGUGGAGGUGAUGCCCCGGAAUCUGAAAUGCAACAUUGAUAAUAGGGAUACUCCAAUCUGAAACUGAUAUCCGAUAUUGGUCUGAUAUCAACAAAAAAAAUAUCGGAUUAUAUCAGCCUGCAUCUAAAAUCUCCGAUAUCAGCACUCCGAUAUGAGUCCAUUCCAGACUCCACUCCAGCACUUCUAUCUAGCAGCGCCCAGAUCCAGCAUGCAGAGCCCACAUAAUCACAACAACAGUGUGGACUAAGGUGCUAACAAAGUAGCAAGGAGUGGGAGUGAUGUCAGCCGUGUGGUAAUAUUUUUCGUCAAAUUCAGAAAAAGACGCUGCAGCCGAGAGCAACACUUGUCAUGCAAGUUAGUGCCAAUAUCGGAUCAGCAUUGGUAUCAGCUCAACUGCAUUUCAUACUCCUCAUUUUCCAAAAGUUUCUGUCUUUUCUGUCUUGUUUUAAUAAAGAAAAAGCCGAGACUAAAUCUUAGGAAAGUAGUGUAAAGCCAUACAAUAAGUAAGCCAUGGUUUCUAUUUGCUAAUGUCCCUUAAGUGCUGGGUUGGCUGAAGGUUGGACAUCAGCAUCACUCUAGUACUCUAGUGAGUAUCUGCUAAACACUACAAUCAGAUGUUGAAUUGAACGUCCCUUAAAUAGUGGCGCAUACUUGAUAGGUCUUGCACUUAUGAAAAUAUGUGUUGAAUAUACUACACAAUAGUUACACACAUGGUCAAAAGACUAAUUCAGUGUGUUGUAAAUAUGAGUGAACUGGUUAUGCUGUUAAAUGGAAAAUAACUGUGAGGAUGAAGUCUAGGACAGUUUCUAAGCCGAUGUCAGCCUACGCAGAGACUCCCACAUACACCUGCCUGUUAUCCUCCGCUUUUAUCUUCGUAUUUAUUUGACCUUGCAACUUUGAAUGAGGAUUACCACUCUCCUCUGACCUCCGACAAAAAGAGAGCUUUCAGCCAGAGACCUGACGAUGAAAUUUGAUUCAGCUGAUCUCUAUAAGCUGUUUACGGUCCAGCAUGGGAAAACAACUCUUGGAGGUCAGCCUUAUCUGAGAAGUUAGGCCUGACCUUUGAGUGACAAAGUCAGUCAGAUAAAGACUCUUUCUCUAGACCGACAUGUAAUCAGGGAACAUUAUGGCCUGUGUGUGCAGUGGUGACUCAAUAGUAGAGUAUACAUGUUAGGGAGCGGGUGUAAUGGGAUGAGUUUCUUCAAUGAGCGUUUAUCCUUUCAUUAGAGCACAUCCACUUUGUGUGCACUUAAAAUGCCAACCAGCCUCGUUAGGCAGCCGACUGCAGGAAAUAGACCUCACUGGGGCUGGCACGGGUUAGCGCCCCGUGACUGUGGUGCCAAAUGUAAAAGACCUUUAUUUCCACAGCCAAAAGCAUGUUAGGACCAAUGCACUGAAGAUGGCCCAAGAGUCAGUGAGAGCGGGGGUGGAAGAUGACUCACAGGCAGAUUAUAUAGGUGUAGGUUAUGGAAAUAACAAGACUGUAUACUGACUGAGCAACUAAGAAGUCACAAGAGCACGAGUAUCUUCUGUGUACUUUAAACUCACUCAAACACACAUCAUGUAGAGCUAACACAUUUUCACACAUUUUUUCACACACUUGUUUGAAUUGUUAAUGAAGGCUGCUCCUGAUCAUAAGAAGAAUAAUCAACAGUAAUAUUCUGUAUCUCUUUCAGGUAUUUACAGACAUGGUACAUUUCUUGUAAGUGAUAAAUGGUAAAUGUUGCUGAAAUUAUAACAAUCCUCCCUGUUUUCUCAAGACGUUUGUUUCACAUAUGGAUGGCUGAAGCCACAGCUGGUGUUGUUAGGAUUAUUCAGAAUAUUUCAUACCUCCCCCAAAGCUUUCAAGGACCACUUUUUGCACAUUUCGAUGUUUUAUUUUUAACAAAGCCUGAAUGGUUAAUUGGCAAAAAUAACAGUGAUUAAAAGUGAAAAUGAGAAAAAAAAAUGUAGGGGCUGUUUGUGACGAUGGAUCUGCAAGAAGAAAUGCUUUUACGUCAGGACUUAGUCUCCUGGAGGAAGCUUUAGCUCAGAGGCAUUGUGUGGCCCUUCAGCUUCACUCCUCAAGACUUCCUCACAACAAUAUUACUUUUUUGUUUACACCAGAGAGUUACUCUUUAGUGAAAAAGCUCUGAAACUCACUGAUCACUGCUUGCUAAGAACCAAACAAAUAAGGGUAUGGUCUAGGGCUGGGCGAUAAACCGAAAAUGUACGAUACCAAAAUUUAUGACAAUAACCAACGUCAUUUUGCCCAUAUCAAAGAAAUAAUUAAAUAAAAGUUGGUUUUGGAUGUGUGUAGGUAGGCUAUGGUCUCAUGUCCCUUUAAGAUGCUCUCCUAUGUCGGAGAUGUGACUCCGCCCCAUCCAGUCCAUAACAAAGAGGGAAAGACAGAUGAGGAGAUGGAGGACGGUUCAAAAGUCGUAGCGGCUGUAGCAGCAGCUGAAGUAGACGAAGUUAAUGUGGGAGGGGGUGAGCAGUUUGUAGAGUAGUUAUCAUCCAUUUAUCGUUAUCAAGGUGAAUUGCUCAAUAUAUUGUGAUAUUGAUUUGAGGCCAUAUCGCUCAGCCCUUGAAUGGUCAGUUUGCUAGCUUGUGCAGAGCAGAUCCUGGUGCUUUUUUCCAGAGGUUGGUUGAGACCCAAACAGAGCUUAAAGAAGGCGCCAUUGUAAUAACAUGGACUUAAGGCAGAGCGAAGUUUUGCUUAGUAUUUUGUAUUCAAUCUUUACAAGUUAGCGACAUUAGCUAAAUAGAUGACAAAAUUGAUCAUCAGUGUUUAGUUCAAUUCUCCCUCAGGUGGUGAAAAUGUCCCUUUUUGUGGUUCUCAGCAAACUGCAAGUUUCUACCUUAGAGCAAAUUUUCAUUUAUUAAAUAUCUCAUUAAAAAAGGUCCAACAUUUGUGUAAUGAAUUGUAAAUUGUGAACAGCAGUGGAAUCUCAAAAUGUCAUAUUGUCAUUCAUGGUUUGUUGCGGAUGUAGCACAGUGAAAGGAUAAAAAACAGAAGAUUUAAUGUCAACUCCGUGACAAGGAUAAGAAAAAAUGGUCCGUUAACAACCUUCUCAUAUCUAACCAGGCCACGGCUCAGAUGGAGGAGAGACUGGCAGAGUUCAUCCACAACUACUCCCCUGAGAGUGUUCUGCCGCUGGCCGAUGGAGUCCUCAGCUUCAUCCACCACCAGGUAGCUGAGCUAUCCAGAGACUGCCUGACCAAAUCACGUGAGGGCGUCAUUACCAGCGUAUACUUCUGUGAACUGCAGGAGAACCUGGAGAAGCUGCUGAAUGACGUGAGUUGUGAAUGUAAGAUGAUGGAUUUCGCCUCAGGCCAAAAGAAUCCCACCUUUACCUGACCCCCUGUCUGCUUCUUUUUCUUUCUCACCCUCCCUCUUCAUCAGGCUUAUGAGCGCUCAGAGAGUCCAGAGCUCACCUUUGUCAUCGAGCUUGUCAAAAAGCUCUUCAUCAUCAUUUCUCGUCCAGCCAGGCUCCUGGAGUGCUUGGUGAGUACUUCAAUCUGUUUUAAACAUUUACAGGGUCAUAAAUGUACAUUUCAUGUAUGAAGUGACAAAAUCAUGUAUACACCCCUGGAGUGUCAUACAUCAUCUGAUGGAGAAAGGCUGCAGAUGGAGCUGGAGGGUCAACACCCGCUCGCUGAAAUGACAUUAAAGAAUGAGCAGAACUGGGGCAGACUGUCUGUCUGUCUGUCUGUCUGCUGUGCCUUCAGUCUGAAGUGAUGAAACAGAUUUUUAAAAGCGUGUCGAUGCUGGAAGCUGUGCUGUCCCCCCUGACAGACGUUCUGAGCUUUCAGGAUUUUUUAUACCUCACUAUGUAUUUAUUUGACCUGUGUCAAAUAAGUUCAGCCAUCCAAUAGUUACUGAGUGAUUUUGGAACAACUUCCUCCCUUACCACAAGAGAGCACAUGGAAAUAAAUAAUGUGGGCUCAUUUUUGCACACAUUCAAGGACUGUACCCUCUGAGAUAUAAACUGUCUAACCUGAAAUCAGUGCCAUUAAACAGACGGGAGCGCUCAGUUAUUGUAAGUUUGCUGCAUAUAAAACUGAUGACAGCACCUGUCCACCUCCUUUGUGCUGCACUUGAAAUCCAGGAGCUAAAAUCAGGACAUAUACAAACAAAACACAAAUAAAACCUCAAAUGUUGAACAUGUCAACAUAUGUGUCAAACAAAAAUUCCAGGUCAGUCUGUCCUCAGGUUAAAGAUCGCACACUUCUUUUGAAUUACUUGUUAUUUUUCAUGUUUUUUUUUUCCUACUUUUGGUCUCUUGUGCUUUUAUUUAGAGAGAGAGUGAGGACUGACUUGUUGUAACUACACCCUGACCAUCCCUUAUAUGAGGACUGUGGCCUCUUUACUUGGGGUAUCGGUUCAAGCACUGAGCUGAAUCUGUGCUCUUAUUUUCCUUUUUCUACCCUGCCUUUCAGUGAAGGUGUUCGGUUUGAAAAUGGUUCAGUAAAGAAGUCAGAAAUGGUCUAUUGAAAGCAAACAUUAAGUUGCAUUAUGUGGAAUGAAUGAUUUUGCAUUUUUUGGUCGAUCCAUGUGGCCCAAGGGCUUAAAACUAACUGUUAUUACAUCUACUUUGUUCUUUUGAGUUCCUGACUUUGAUGUAAACACAGUUAUCAAUUGUCUGAGUGUCCCUUCAAGCCUUGAAAUUAAAUUGUAUUAGGGCUGGGCGAUACAGCUUCAAAUCAGUAUCACAAUAUAAUGAGCAGUUCACCUCGAUAACGGUAAACAGACGAUAACUACUCCACAAGCUGCUCACCCCCUCCCACAUAAACUUUGUCUACUUCAGCUGCUUCAACUUUUGAACCGUCCUCCAUCUCCUCACCUGUCUUUCCCUCUUUGUUACAGACUGGAUGGGGUGGAGUCACGUGUCCAACAUAGGACAGCAGACCAUAGCCCACCUACACACAUCCAAAACAAACUUUUAUUAACUUCUUUUUUUGACACCGAAUUUAUUGACAUCAGCAAAAUGACAUCGGUAUCGGUAAAUUUUCGGUUUAUCGCACAGCCCUAAAUUGUAUCAUAAGUGAAAGCCUGGAUAGAUUUAUCCAUUUAGGAAUGAAACUUAAAAAGGUUUAAAAAACAAGGAAUAUCCAUUAUUUCAUUGUAUUUUUCAUUAUAUGGAAGGACAGCAGCAUGGUGGAUUUGAAAAGAACUGAUAUGAUUAAAUAGUUAAUGUGGUCACGUUUGAAUUAAAACAUGAUGAGGCAGUAGGAAAGUACUUCUCUGUCUUUUCCACAUGUUACAUAUCUACAAUAUAAACUUGCGUCUUGAAAUGGGUGCUAAUAUGAAUAUAGUUUCUCCUCUGGCAUUUAGAUAUCCUCGUCUGAGUGUACGGUUCUCUGAAGUAGAGGUCAUGUUGUUGUUAAAUAUGAUGGUCUGCAGAUGUAGCGCUCGUAGAGUAUACACUUAGCCCUGCAGGAUAUUUUUCAACUUAAAUUGAAAAUGUUCUUCCUCUUCUCAGCCGCUCAGUCAGUGUAGAGACAGAGCCGUGUCCUUGGCAUGUUGAUACGAACAAUAAAUAACUCACUGCCGCUUACUAAAUAAUAACCAGCCUCUCUGUGUUCACUGGAUUAGCUAUGCCUCCAUAUCUGCUCACUGAUUGAUGGCUUUACGUGGUCGUCAUUGUCGCAGUCGCGUUUCCCCAUUCUGGCUCAUCUUUCUGUUGCUAGGGCAACUGUCAGAAGAGGUCAAAAGGGUCAGGCGGGAUGUGGUGGGGACUUAAGAUCCUCAUGGCCCCUUAGGUUAGAGAGGAGAAGAUUCGUGCACAGACAAAAUGUUGUCCACGGUCGGGGAGUUCAUUUAGCAUUCAAGUCAGUGGUGCGGUCUGAUUUGGUGAAAAUGUCACAUAGUCAGUAUGCUGUUAGCUGCAGGAACAUUAUCCUGCAGCAGAGCAGGCUAUCAGCCAGGCAGGUCAAUUCCCCAUCCCUGUGCUUGCUCCUUCUUUCCUCUGGAUUGAGGGGCGCAGAUACGAGAGAGCAGGAGAGAGAGGAAAUGAUCCUGGCUGCCCCGGGCUCAGCUUUCUAAUCAAAAUGUUAUUCCACCGACAGGAAUGAAAGUGAAUCCCACAGGACACCACAAAAGGCUGUUUCAGUGAAAAAAAGAUGUUUUCAAGAAAGCAAUUUAAAGUUUGGAGGAGUAUUAACACUGAUUGUGUUUGUCUGACAUCCUCACAGCCGUGUUUGGCCAUGAAUUUGCAGCAGGUUGAAAUUUAAUCCAGUUUUGUGAUAAUAAGUUUGGCCAAGUUGAAAUGAUGUCCGAGAGUUUAUUUGGUGUGUAACUAAAAAAUAACAGCUCAGAACAGCAUGGGCAUCCUUGUAAGAAAAUGUUGUUGUGGUAUGACAAAUUUUGGUGUUCAAAACCCGUCAGUCAGUGAUUCCAGAGUUAAUUGUGCUAACGUCUAAAUGAGCCACUUUUGAGUUCUGUAGCAAUCAUAAUUUGAGUUUUGAUCGGACUUUCUCUAUUUCCUUUUUUUUUUUUUGGUAAUUAAAUUUUUUUUCUCUUCCACCAACAGGAGUUCAACCCAGAGGAGUUUUAUCAUCUGCUGGAGGCAGCAGAGGACCAUGCCAAGGAGGGACAGCUCAUGAAGGCAGACAUCCCCAGAUAUAUCAUCAGCCAGCUGGGGCUGACCAGAGACCCACUGGAGGGUAAAAGAGAGUUUUAGUGUGUUUGAUGUUGAUUUAUGAGUUUGAUUCUGUCUGUUAUUACAGUGGACAAAGAGAACUCGACUAAAAAUUAAGAACUCUUGUGUUGAAUUCAAACUACGAGUUUUUAGCCUUGCUGGACACUAUGGUAGGGGAAGGUCCCGCCUCCUUCGCCUCUGAUUGGUUGUGAAACGUCACCACACGCUCAAGCUGACGGCUCUGUAUAUUACAGAACAUUAUCGCAAUUCUGAAUCUCUUAACCCUAAUCCAAACCCUAACCUGACAGAAGAUGACGUUUCGCAGGUAUAGGGAAUAACCAAUCAGAGCCCAGCACUUCUAGCCAAUCAGUGGCGAAGGAGGGCGGGACCUUCCCCUACCAUCCAACAAAAAAGCAUAGCUAACUCACAUUGAUCUGAAAUCUUAAAAAUCUGACCAUUGUUGUUAGUUUUGCAUUGUUUGUAAUAACUCAGUGCAUGAAUUAUAAUUUCUUAACAAGAUGUUUUGUUCACAGGAGUGACAACUGGACAACUAGUUUGAAUUGCUGUUGAGAGAGUCAUUAGCAUCUCUCUGUAAAGCCACAGCUUGUUGUUUGUAUUUUAACAUACUACUCAGUUAUCUUUAAAGUCCCACUCCGAUCUUUUUUUUACUACUUAAAAUGUUAUCAGUGAUCUUAAAAUUGUGAUUAUGAGGUUUUUAGCCAAAGUCACGUUACCUGUGUCAUUUUUAAGGACUUUUCUUCCGCAGAGCUCCAGAAGCUCAUUAGCGAUUCGCCUCUGAGUCGUGGGCAGAGACAGCUCUGCUUUGCACACUUCUCCUCGAGUUAGCUUGCAGCCUGACAUUGCCAGUGUAGGAGAAAAAACAGAUAACAUAGAAGCUAUUCAGCUCUCGGACACUAAUGUCUUUAAGAGCAUGAUGAAAGUUAAAAUCACAAUUAGCUUUCUUACGAGCAUUUCAAUCUGCUUACGCACACGCUUGUUCAGCGAUCGUCCUCUCUACUUCUCCAAGGCUGGCCUGCAUAGCGGGGCUACUGGGGUGGAGCUUGGAUUUGCUACGUAGGAAAUCUCACUGUCUCUGAACUUGCUGUUUGUGAUAUGAUAUGUCCUGUAGCAUCAGAAAAAUGCCAUAUGAACAUAUAAAAAAAAAACAAGAAAAACAUGAUUUUCAACGGAGUGGGUCUUUUAAGAUGGAAGCCGGCACUUUUAAUUAAACAUAGAGAAAGUCAAACUGAUUCCUAAAGCUCACCAUUUUUAAGCUAAUUAUUCUCUGCCUUAAGGAGAAUACCAAUAGUCAAAUAGGCAAACUUUAAUCCCCAAGAAGUGCCUGACUCUUAGAUAUUGAUCAGUAUUACAGGAAGUUCAGUAUAGAGAUAUAUGAUUGGAUCAUUAGCUGCCUGUUGGCUCUGCAGAUUGGUUGUCUUCAGUUACUCGUUAUGGCUCAGGGUCGUGCCCCAAAUUCACAGCCCUAACUCCUCUCUUCUCCCAGUCCAAUCCAUCCAUACUUGUUUAUCAUCUAGAGGGUGACACCUCACAAUACAACGACUGGAGUUUUAUUUCUGAGUUCAUAAAAAAUGUCAACCUGCUUCGUCUCUACUCAGUUCACCGUGUGCCACUUGAUCUCUUGAUCUUGCACUUUUCUCUUGCACCUACAUUGUCACGCCGACACACACGCACACCCACAUCAUGUAGCAGUUUGCACGCCCACGUUUUCACACUCUGGCUCCUCACAGAGACGAGAACAGUGGUUUUUCACAGCAAACAGAAUGAAACAGAGUAUGAAAAUGUCAGCUUUCAUUUUACACAAAGCUGAAAGUUAAUUAUCAUUCAGUUAUUUUCCUGCUCAACAAAACAGUGGUAUAAUCAGUCUAUUCUAGCAGCUGUCACAUACAAGAGUGGAAGACAGUGAACAUUAGCUGCCAGUGCGGCUCCAGUACAAAGUGACUGGGAGGGAGCGCUGAGAGACAGACGAGGAAAAUUAUAAGGGAGAAGCUAUUUUCAUUCUGAUGUUGUAUUUUUCACUGAGAUCUGACACUCGUCAGCCUCUUCAGCUGUUUUUACAAAGUUAAAAGCUGUUAAAGAUGUCCGCGCAGCAGCAGUUUCUGUAUGUGCUAGCAGCAGUGUGGGAAGCCAGGUCUUUGCAUUCGAACACGAGGUUUGCUUGUUAACAAACAUGUAUUUUGACAGAAAUCGUGUGUCUGGACAGCUAUGACAGCGAGGGGCCGCACACUCCAGAGACCGAUGACUCAGCUGAGGUGAGGAACAAGUAAACACACACACACACACACACACACACACACACACACACACACACACACACACACACACACACACACACACACACACACACAAUGAAUACAUGCAGCAGCUCCAAAAACAAAAUCAAAGAAACAUUAACAUUUGAGCAUUUUAUACGACCUUUUCUCCAUCUGGAUUUUUAAAAUGACAAAUUUGUCUCCAGGGAAAAACAAGAGCCAUCAAGCCACCAAGUGAAGAAGAUUUCCAGACCAUCAAACUCAUCAGUAAUGGAGCUUAUGGGUAAGCAAUGAAUUGAAACCUCACUGAUUGAAAUUAUAAUUUUUUAUUCAGAGUAUUAAAGUCAACAAUGAAAACAUUCACUCUCUGUAUUGAAUUGAAUAUUACGGGGGCAGGCUUUGAGAUGAAGCAGAUUAUUCCCUGAUCAGAAAAUUAGCAAUUUAAUGGAGUAUCAGAGUGUCCUUGGGCAUGACACUAGACUCCAAAUUGCUCCCUAAUAUUGUGCCAAUAGUAAUCAGUGCAGGGAUAUAUUUGUGAAUGGAGUGAUUGUUGUGAACGUGCUUUGAGCAGCCGGAGGAGUAGAAAGGGGGCUACAUUAGUGCUUUUUAUCAGAGGUUCAAAUAAUGGUGCUACACGGAGAACUCAUAAAAGAAGGUCAAUAAGAGAUGCAACAGAAGUGUGGAAAGUAGAUUAAAUCCACCUUCAUAAUACCUCUGCAAUUACUGCUGCAGAGACAGCAUUGUGUGUUGUAGAUAAAAGAAACCGCUGUAUUAUGAAAGCAACAUUUUCAUAAUUAAAACCCAACAACAUGUUCCUUUUUUACAGAGAUGGUAAAAUUGUGCAUUUAUGCCCAGAGGCAAUCCAGUUUUGGGAACAAUCAUUUUUUGAUAAAUAAAAUAGAAACUUUUUUGAAAACAUAUUCAACGCUUGGCUUAUUCUGCUUGAGCUGGUCAGACAAAGAGAUUUUGCAUGCUCUAUAAACAAGUUAUAGCUACAAUUAUAUAGCUUUGUGCCUAAGAAUAGAAAAGGUCAAAAAAAAGGAUGUGGUUUGUGUUCAGAGCUGCUGUGCUCUUUGAACCAACAAGAAGAGGAGAGGAAAGAGCCGCGGUUACAUGUCAUGUAGAAGCCUGAUAGAUGGAAGCCAAUGUUGAUUGAUUGUUCAAAUCAGAGUCAACUAGAGUUUGAGAAAUAGGCACUGUAUUACUCAAAUUAUUCAUCGAUUUAUUUCUGUAUCAUAAAAUGAAUAGUGUUAACUUUUGUAGCUUCAAGUAUGGACUGUUUGAAUAGGUCUGGGCGAUAAACCGAAAAUUUACAGAUACCGAAAUUUACAACAAUAGCCAACGUCAUUUUGCCCAUAUCAAUAUAUUUGGUGUCAAAAAAGUAAAUAAACAGAAGUUAUUUUUGGAUGUGUGUAGGUAGGCUAUGGUUUCAUGUCCCUUUAAGACACUGUCCUACGUUGGAGACGUGACUCCACCCCAUCCAGUCCGUAACAAAGUGGGAAAGACAGGUGAGGAGAUGGAGGACGGUUCAAGAGUUGUAGCAGCUGGAGCGGCGGCUGAAGUAGACAAAGUUAAUGUAGGAGGGGGUGAGCAGCUUGUGGAGUAGUUAUCAUCCAUUUAUCGUUAUCGAGGUGAACUGCUCGAUAUAUCGUGAUAUUGAUUUGAGGCCAUAUCGCCCAGCCCUACAUUGGAAUAUGCCAAGUGGACAAUCACAAUAAGUCUAAAGCAAAAAAGAGAAGAAAAUUUAUUGCAAAAGAUUCCUUAAAAAAUCAUGUAGUGUCCUCCUUGUCGUAAUGCAUUUUUAAAGAUUUUGUUUUGCAUGAAGACAAGCUUUACAGCACAGCAACCUGCAUUGUAUCCCGAUAAUUUGACUUUAUUCAAGGAAGGGGACAUUUCUACUGAAGGCUGAGCUCAAGGCUUAAAAUAAAUGGACAUAAUGUGAAAGGUUUCUAAGACUCUGUAUCCUCUUCAUCCUCUCAGCCACACUCAUCAUGCUGUCUCUCCUUCAUACUUCAUGUUGGCAGUCCUUCCUGUUUUCACUUUCAGCCCUUCUGUCUUGUCUUCUCUACAGCGCCGUCUACCUGGUGCGCCACAGAGAGACACGUCAGCGUUUUGCCAUGAAGAAGAUCAACAAGCAGAAUUUGAUCCUGAGGAAUCAGAUCCAGCAGGCUUUCGUGGAGAGGGACAUCCUCACCUUUGCAGAGAACCCGUUUGUUGUCUCCAUGUUCUGCUCCUUUGAAACACGGAGACACCUUUGCAUGGUCAUGGAGUAUGUUGAGGGUAAAAGGACUACUUUUUUUUCUUAUAUAUGAUCUGCUUGCCUGAAAACACUUGAGAUGUUCUUGAAUUAAAUAUGUGUUGAUCAUUUUGAGAGACCCCUCUGUGUGGGUGACUUGGUCUCUUCCUGUUCUGUUUGUCCUUUUUUCUCUGCCAGCAUCAAAUCCGGUUUAUAUUUGGGUUGUUGGAAAUUAAAAAUCCUUUCAGCCUCUUCUUUUUGACUUUUGUUAAGCACUCAUUUGGCUUUUUAGAAAUAUUUUUUGUAAUAUUUUCUCAGUCUCUGGGAUGACCUUUCCAGUUUCAAGUAUACUCAGCUUUUAGUGACUGUAACCUUUGGUUCAAGGUUGUAUGAGUUUCUCACCUCAGUGGUGCAGUAUAAUCUCUCACUCAUUCUUCCAGAAGAGCCAAAAAGACUCUUAUUUCACUCUCACAAUGAUUCUUGAACAUGAAAGUCAGAAAAGGUCAGCAGAUGCUGCUCCAGCCCAGCUCAUCUUUCUCUCUUGUCCUAAUGGGUUUCUCUGGAGGCGGCUCAAGGGGAGGGGGAGGGAGGGGUGCUCUGACUUUAUCUAGUUUUCAGAGCACAUUAUACAUCCCAUUAAAACAUAUGCACAGACUGUGUUUGCCUGUAGACAGACUGAGGGAUGAAGGGGGGUAGGAAGUGUCUCCCAUACAGACAAGGAUAGAUUAUCUUCUAAAAGAGACUGACGCUUAAGAUUAAACAUUAAUAAAAAUUCAUAGGCACGGGUACUUCACAGUUGCUGGGAUCUUAUUAUCUAUACAUAACAAGACUUUUCUGUCUGGUGUAUAAGAAAGAAUAUUGUUUUUCUCUCUCCUGAAAUAGCCAAGUCUAUUCACUGACUCUUCAACAAUAACUUGUGGUGUUUCUGCGUAUUCCCAGGCGGUGAUUGUGCCACUUUGUUGAAGAACAUCGGCGCUCUGCCUGUUGAGCUGGCACGGAUGUACUUUGCAGAGACUGUUUUAGCCCUGGAGUACCUGCACAACUAUGGUAUUGUCCAUAGAGACCUCAAACCAGACAAGUGAGUGUUGAAUGCUGUUCUGAUCUGUAUUUUUUAUAUCUGCAUCGAAUCAAAUGACAGUAAUGUAACAAGCAAUCACCAAACUGCAGCUCCUUUUUUUCUUUAGAGAGCAGUUUGGCAUCAACUCUCUCAUUGUUGUUUGACAGCAAGGAACCAAACUGUUAGGCUUGUUUUCAGCAGCAGCAGGCAUUUUUAAUGAAAUGUUAAAAAAAAAAGGCUUUAUUUACUACUCACACUAUUAUUUGUCUAGUAACAAACAGCAAAAGAGUCAGCCAUCGCUUUUUAAACAGGGAGCAAUAUCUGGUUUUACUAAGGGACAUUAUAUUGUCUUUUAACAGUUGCAACAAACCAAUCAUGUCUAUAAGAGUAAAUAUUAAACAUACAUUUAUCGGGUGAACAAUAGCGGAAGUCCAAUCAACGAUGGUAUCGCUUCUGAAAUGGUGUAGAAAUGUGUAGAUAGGCAGCUGUUAUCUUAGAGUUCCAUUAAUAAAAGUGCUUAAAACUCCAGUAGGAGUUAUUUGAAAUUUAUAAAAUACACUGAAAAUCAUAUUGAUGCCUCUAUAUGUUAAACCAAAAAGGCGACCAGUGACAAGGUUAACGAUUUUUAUACUGUAAUUUUUAAUGCCUAAAAUUGGUAUGAGGGGGCAGAUGUAUGUAUAUCUUCUGUAAGUGUAAGGUCAGUAUUUUUUCAAGGUUUAGACUUUUUUAAAAAUGUUUUUUUUUUUUUUUUAAUGUAUAUGGGACUCCAAAAAAUGGUGCAAAAAGAUGAGACUUGUUGUAACAGUAUUAUGCUGCUAAUCUUUGAUUUAAAUUGAUGGCUUUGAAUAAGAUUCCACAUCAGAUAUUCUCAAGAACUGAUUUAUUUUACCGUCAAAACUCAGCAGGAUGAGCUUAUUUGUCAGGAGACACUAUUUGGGCAUAUAGAGGACAAUAUAAGUUAAGACUUUUUUGUCCACAGGGGGCGCCAAAACUGACACAUACCAAAGUUCCUCACAGGAGCUUUAAGCCGAUAUUGUUUUGUUCUUGUUUGCACUAAUAGUUUGUACUGCUGCCCUAAAUAAUUAAGAGAGGCUGCUGUUAAGAUUUUUGUGGUGUGCCAAGAGGAACAAACCAGAGAGCAUUAUUGAAAAACACACUUUAAUCUGUUCAAACAGAGAUUUGAAGUAUUAGAAUAUUAGCUGACAUGGCACAUAAAAAUAGUGAAAUGAUUUCUGUGCGUGUCUGAAGGAUUUAAUGAAACUUUAAUUAAUACUUUUAUCAUCCCAUCAGAUUAACAAAUAGACUGAGAUAUACACCAAACCAGAGGAUCUCAGAGAUGAGUCAUUUUACAUCUCCCAUAUUUCCACUCUUGCACUCUCAUAUGGUGUGUUAUUCAAACUUUGCCUUAUGGGGUUAGCAACAAGUGCAUAACAUGACAGCCUUGAACUGUGAUUUAACCUUCAAAAUAACCACCUACUGUAAACAGUUUCUGUUAAGACGUGUCAGACAGACUUUGAGCUCAUUAAAAGUUAAAUUGCUUAAUACCUGCUUUUCCCUCUUAACAGUCUGCUGAUCACCUCCAUGGGGCACAUCAAGCUCACAGACUUUGGCCUGUCGAAGAUGGGUUUAAUGAGCCUCACCACCAACCUGUACGAGGGACACAUUGAGAAAGACGCCAGAGAGUUCCUGGAUAAGCAGGUAGAGCAGCUUUGUGAACGGUUUAUGUCAAAAUGAUAAAAAGAAUUACGGUUUGAGAGUGACACAUUUAAUCAGGAGCAGUAUUAAAGCAGAAUGAGUGGAAAUAGAGUUUACAGUGAAGGAGCGAGAGAGAGGCAUUUGCAGCAUCUUUUAGUUUCCCCCACCCCCAUAUGUGCUAACCUGCCAAGUCAUCAGGCCAAAUCUAUUUUGUUCAAAUAAAGAUGCUGCCUUACAGUGCUUCCUGUGUAGUCUAAAUUUGUGAAGCAUUAAUUCUCUCCAUCCUGCAUAAAGAGAGAACAUGUGUUUGAUUUUGAAUCAUUUAAAGGGGAAGAUGUAAAUCUGAACCGGGUACAAGUGGAACCAAGUUUUAAAGUUGCAUCCUUACUGUUGAGAUAUGUGGAUCAUCUCUGAGAAAAAUAAUCAAAUUCAAAUGUUGUUUUUUUACAAUGCUAAAAUUGACAUUAAAUAAAUUACACAGGUUUUUUCUGAAUGAAUGGGCACCAUGGAUAUUAACUGGGAUGAUGUUUUUCUGCGGCUCAGGUUUGUGGUACCCCAGAGUACAUCGCUCCAGAGGUGAUUCUCCGUCAGGGUUAUGGAAAGCCAGUGGACUGGUGGGCUAUGGGCAUCAUCCUCUAUGAGUUCCUGGUGGGCUGUGUGCCGUUCUUCGGAGACACUCCUGAGGAGCUGUUUGGACAGGUCAUCACAGGUGAGGAAAUUUAAAGACUAACAAGUUGAACGGGGAGCAGACCAGUUAAACGUGACAGUAUGUAGCCAGUAUGUAAAUUUAGAAGUACUACUUCAUUAUAAGUCAAACACAAAGUUUGAGAAGUUAGUUGAACUCUCAUGAUCAAUGAACUCUUAUCUCUUAGAGGAGUUAUCUUCUACUCUAGAUAGGAGAGUUAAUUUUUCUUCUUGGCUGUGUUGACAUUCAGGAAAUGGCUGAAUAGUAUGUUUUCAAUGAUAAAGUUUAAACCAGCAUUAAAUUCAUCAUGUUGAUAACUGUUUUGCAGAGGUAAUGUCAUUCUUUUGACCCUUUUUUUUCUCUUAUUUUUUUAGAUAAUAUAGUUUGGCCAGAGGGGGAUGAGGCCUUGCCUGCUGAUGCCCUGUCCCUCAUCUCUGCUCUGCUGCAGACCAACCCCCUUGUGAGGUUGGGUACAGGUGAUCAUUUUUUACUCAAUAUCAGAGCUCUAAUCUGCACCCAUUUUGCAUCAUUAUGAGGAUUGCGUAAAGCCGUUUACAGAAAAACAUCCAGACCUGCAUGCUAGAGGAAAUCACUCCAUGAAAUGGACUCAACACUCCACAAAUACAGCUUCAUUCAUCCACGCCCUUUGUUUGCUGCAUUUCACCCUGAGCUGUGUCUCAGGGACAGCAGACUAAGCAGGCCAGUACAGAUGUGUUUCAUUUCACAGAUAUGUCUUCCAGCUCCCCCUGGGGGAUCCUGAGGCCUUUGAAGGUUUAUAUACACUUGUACUUUCAGAGAGCUAUGGAUCAAGUUUUGGUCAUGCUGAAAAACCUCCCAAAUGGUUGCACUCUGGUUUCAUCCUGGGUAGAUUCUAAAGCCUCCUCUGCUGGCCCUUUUGAUGCCGAGGAGCAGUGGCUCAUGCAGAUAACUGAGCUUUUGACUUGUGUCACAGAGGAAAUUUAUUAGUUUAUGAGACUUUUAAUCAAGCUCUUUAAAGCCCUUUACACUACUGCCACAUAUUCACCCUUUCACAACCUAAAGCGCCUGAGCUGCUUUGCUAAAUUUACCAUCUUCACUCUGUAACUUAUCCUGCAUUCUUGUUACCACGGAAGUUGGAUGUCGGAGCUAAGACUGACGUUACACCCAAGUUGACGGCGUUCCAGUUAACAAGUCAGAAAACCAAGAUGUACGCCUACUGUUAGCCGUUGUUAGCUGUUGUUAACAACUGUCAGCCAUCGUUAGCCAUUGUCAGUUGUUGUUAGCGGUUGUCAGCGGUUGUUAGUUGUUUUAGCGGUUGUUAGCAUUAACUAAACACGUUUACAUACGAGCAAACAGUGACGGCUCUACUCAAGGUCACAUAGACAAAUGGACUGCAGGCGCCAGGAAUCAGCAUAUCAAUCAGCGUAUACCAUACAUAUAUGAAGAUUGACUAUUGCUGUUUUCUAGUUUUUAUCCUUGUAGCCUUUGUGAGGGGGUCGGUGUUUGAUAACACAAUUUACUGCGCAGUACAUUUGACUGUAAAAAGAGAGCAGGGUGAAUUUUUUAAAUUUUAGAGAUAUGAAAGGUGUCACACAAACUGGAUGUUCCUCACAGGAGAAACUAUAUGAUAUGUAGGCAAUGCAAAAAUGAAACAAACAUGGAGCGACACAAGCAGCGAUGAGGAGUCAUAUGUCUUGUAAUGUGUCGAUAAAUUCAACUCUCUCCUAUUAUAGCUCUGCCACAUUUCUGGUCUCCAUCAGCUCAUGGAAAUAUCUCUCUUCACUGUGUUCUUUGGCUUCGUGCUUACUUUUUGUCUUUGUGGUAUUCACUGAGUUGUUGAAGAAUUUUUUAGCUUUUUUCACCGAAUAUAACUGCCUGCUGCUUGUGAAAAAAAAAUAAUGAGAACAUUAAGGUCGGGGUGAAAUAUUCAGUAUAGGAUAUGAAAACCAAAAGGGUGAGCUUAGAUUCGCUGUGUGGAUCUAUUUCGGUUGAUCAUUUUCUGUAGGUGUGUCUCCACAUUGUUUAGGAUUUGGUCAGCUAUGUCAGCUUUGCUUCUUGGGACUGUGUUUUAAACGAUGCUGAUAAAUUGUGUUGUUUUGCUACCAGGUGGAGCGUUCGAGGUGAAGCAGCACUCAUUCUUCACAGAGCUGGAUUGGAACAGCCUGCUGAGACAGAAAGCAGAGUUUGUCCCUCACCUGGAGUCGGAGGAAGACACCAGCUACUUUGAUAGUGCGUCCCCCUCUAGAUUUAUACGUCUAUAAAAUAAACCAGUCACAUCAAUAUUAGCUUUAUGGGGUUGCACAAUAACUCUCUGACACCGUUCCUUUAAGAAAUGCAGACUUUAUGUAGAGGUGACAGCCUGUAUAUUUCACCCUCUGUCUCCCUGCACCUCCAGCGCGCUCAGACCGUUAUCAUCACAUCAAUACGUACGACGAGGAUGACACCAAUGACGACGAGCCCGUGGAGAUCAGACAGUUCUCUUCCUGCUCUCCUCGCUUUAGCAAGGUCUGACUCUCUCUCUCUCUCUCUCUUACCCUCUUUGUCAUUUCACCCUUUUUUUCCUCUCUCAGUGUCAAACUGUUUUAUUUUUACACAGAUGCAUAUUCGGCAUAUUCAAUCAGGCAGUAUAGAGCAGCGUAUGGAGGCUGGACUCAGGUCUAAUACCUGGAGUUCAUGCGCUCAGUUACGGUUACACCAUUAUUUCUCUUUGUCUCCUGUUUCUAUUUUGAGCCACUUAGAAGCUCAUGGAGCUUUAAUGUGGAGUCCUCUCUGUCCUCUUUUUUUCUGUCUUUCCGGAGAUUUGUGUUUUAAUGACCUGGACGCUAUAACAUCCUUUUUUCACCUACAAAUCUCCUCUGUUUCUAAUCUGUGUCUUUCUCUAUCCCUCAGCGCGCCAGCAUGCGAUUUCUGUCACACUUUUACCCAGGAGUGAGAUUUUCUCAGCUCACACUCUUGUUUCCCCUCAUUUGACUCCCUCAUUUCCAUCUCGCGUCCUCUCUCUCUCUCUCUCUUCUUUCACUCGCUCUGGCUCUCCAUCUCCCUCCCUUUUGUCUUUCACCUGAUUCAUCCUCUUGUGUUUGCAUUGAGAAGCCAUGAAGGAGCUCUUGAGACAAACUUGAGUGUUUUAUGGAGUGCCUCAUUUUAACAUAAUGUGGGACGACUUUGAAGCUACAGUCGAGGGCUGGUGAAUGGCCCCUUAUGAGCUGAGCAGGUUUCAGAUACCGCUGCUGAGUACACACAUUGAAGAGGUCUGCAUUGAACACAUGCACCACUUUUAUUUAGAUGUUUUGUUUUUUUUUCAGAUAAUUUUUCUGAUAUUUUGACCUCUUCAGUCCAAAGAGGAACCUGAAUGUUUCCGCACAUUUGGUAGCAAACAUAAAGACCCAAAGCAGAUUUUGUCUUGUUAAAUUGGUGAACUUGAAAUGGUCUCAAGUGAAAGUAAACUCAGUCCCUAUUCGUGCACUUGAGUUUGUGUUUUAGACAUUACCCCCCUCAUUUUUAUUUCAUGCUGCGUUUGUUGUUUAAGAAAAGUGCUGGAAUUCCAAAUGAUCAGUUUAAGUCAUCGGUUCUUUCUCUGUGGUGCUGUCUCCCCUCUGUGUCUUACAAUUGCUUCAAUUUCUUGUAGCUUACUCAUUUUUAAACUGAAUCUCAUUUCCUCAUGCACGUCUCUGAAGAAAAAAAAAUCAAAAUAUAAAAAACAUUAAUUAUUCCAUCGUUAGAAGCUUAGAUUAAGUACGUAGGAAAGUGCAUUACAUUCAAUCAAGAAAAUAAAAUUCCACUCUGUUCUUCUAAAUUAAGAAAAUAAUUUUCUCUAUUAUCUAUAAUUACUAUAUAAUUAUUAUUAUUUUGAGAAAAGUUAAGAAGGAAAAUAGAACUCGGCUGAGGUUUUCUGAAUCAACAAGAUGAGUGUAACAGAAUUACAAGAUAAAUUGACGUAUAACAAUCAAAAUUUAGGUUGAGAUUUUCUAACCUUAAAAGAUAUUGCAAUGCACUUGCAUAAGAUGAUUCUGCUGUGCAGUAAAAUCCACCUCCAGCACUGACAAUUUGUAGAUAGAUAGAUAAAUAGAUAGAUAGAUAGAUAGAUAGAUAGAUAGAUAGAUAGAUAGAUAGAUAGAUAGAUAGAUAGAUAGAUAGAUGAGGUAGGUGGGUAGAUAGAUAAGUAGUUGGUAGGUAGGUAGGUAGAUAAGUAGGUAGGUAGGUAGGAAGCAGUGGCGGCUGCUGGUCUUUCAAGGAGGGGAAGCUCAUUUUUCUGGCCUACAUCAUAAUUGUAUUUGUUUAUUAGUAUGUAACAGAACAGAGUCGCCAAACACAACGGCAGUCAUUUUUAACAAAGAUAACAGUCGCUGAGGAUCGGUAAGGUCUCCGGAGCAGUUAAGAACAACGGAAUGAAUAACUUGGAAAAUGCUCUGGUAGAUGUUUUAUUCUUCAAGAUCGCUGAUUCGCUUGUUUAGCUGUCAAUCAAAAAAGGAUUUCGCCUCAGACAGCUCAUCCAAUCAUGGAUGCAGAAGCUUGGAGUCCGGGAGAAAGUCGGGACCGCCCUCUCGCCAUAGAACUCCAGUGAAGCUGGGCUUCCGAUGGGCGGGACAAAGCCCAGCAUUUAUCCAAUGAGCGUCUAGUUUCGCUGCUGGAACAACCCACUUUAAGCUUCCACAUUGAAGUCAGCAGAAGCCCAGCGUCCGGCUGUUUAAAGCGCUGAGGCGCUGCGAGGAUGAAUGAGAACGAAGUUAUGCCGGUUACCUGUGAUUAUCAGCUUCUUAUCACAGUGUCUGAACAAAAGAUGAAGGCUUUCUAGUGCGUAUUUAGUUAAUGAAAUGUACACACAGCAGUACGUAUUUCACCACUUUUUCUUUUUUUUGAGGGGUGACAUUUUAAGGGAAGCCGAGCUUCCCUUGCAGUCUUAGAGCAAUCGCCACUGGUAGGAAGGUAGGUAGGUUGGUAUGGAGAUAGGUAGGUAGGUAGGUAGGAAGGUAGGUUGGUAGGUAGAUAGAUAAGUAGAUAGGAAGGUAGGUAGGUAGAUAGAUAAGUGGGUAGGUAGGUAGGUAGAUAAGUAGAUUUGAAGGUUGGUAGGUAAGUAGGUAGGUAGGUAGAUAGAUAAGUAGGUAUGUAGGCAGGUAGGUAGGUAGGUAGAUAGAUAAGUGGGUAAGUAGGUAGGUGGGUAGAUAAGUAGGUAUGUAGGUAGAUAAGUAGGUUGGAAGGUAGGUAGGUAGAUAGAUAAGUAGGUAGGUAGGUUGGUAGGUAGGACGGCAGAUAGAUAAAUGGGUAGGUAGGCUGACUGACUGACUGACUGACUGAUGAAGCGAUAGCAGCCUCAAACAUAGCAAACAUAUAAGAUUCAAACAAACUAAUUGGGUGAGAAAAAUGUAAAGCCAAACACAGCCGAAUGGGACCCCCACUUGGUUAUUUCUCUGAAUACUUUAUAGCUGCUUACUCACCGUGUGCUUAUUGAUCUUUUCUGUGAUCUGUCCCCCUACAGGUGUACAGCAGCAUGGAGCAUCUGUCUCAGCUGGAGCAGAAAGCCACGACAUCCGUGUCCCGUCGUGAGCACAAGGGCCCGCGGGAGGACAAGGUCACCAAGAGAGAGAGCUUGGGCAGCUUCAGCAUGAGGGAUAAGAGCUGGAGGACUGGAUCCCCUGAGAUGUGAGUAAAGCCUUAGUUUAGGAGGGGUUCAGAUCCAAGUUGCUGAAAGUAAGUUAGGUGGGAUUCUCUGCAAACUUACACAGAGGAUUGAAGGUUUUCAGAUUGUGCUUCCCUGAAGGUUUUUUUUUUCUUUUUGGGAGCCUGCAGUGCCUGUCACAUACUCCACUCUGUGUUUGAAUAACUGCUUUCUGUCUCACUGCCAACGGGUUUUGACACUUUUUGUACAAAAAUAACUUUGCGCAAGACUUCACACAUGCUUUGAGCCGAAACCUGGCAACAGAUCCCACCUCUGCAAACUUUGAAAACUAGGUGAGGGUGGAAAGUUGACAGUUGACUGGUUUAUGUGUGUCACGGAAACUCAGCAUGUCUCCAAUGUGUCGGUUUUAUCAGAAUUAUCUGAUUAAUUGUGUCAAAUUGUUUUUUACUUUUUCUUCUAAUUUUUAUUAAAUUGAAACUUUCAGAUUAGGUUACAUCAAACAAUGAUGACUUUUAUUGUAUGGAUAUUCAGUACAGUUGGUUUUGUGUACAUGUCACCUAUAAUUGACAAAAUCUGUAAGAGUCUGUUGGUGACUUAAGACCAAAAAAAAACCUUCUCUCUUCUUUAUCUUUUUUUCCUCUCGCUUUCUUCUUCCUAUAUUCAUUUAUCUCACUAUUAGAGGCCAAAUUAGCUGGUGUUACUAUUCUUAUUACCAUGAAUAUUUUGUUUGUCGUUACUCUUUUACGCAGACAGAGAUAAGAACCAGAAAACUGAAAGAUAAGAUUUUAUGAAUAUGGUUUGAUACUGAGGAGUUAACACUUAGGGUGUUAUUUAUUUAUGUUUGCACUUAUUUACUUAUUUAUCUUUUCCUUUCUUUUUUUCUACUUUGUCCUGAAUUUAUGUGCACAUGUUUGUAUGACUUAUGUUAGAUCAGAAAAUGAAUUAUUAUACUCUUUGGCACAUGGAAAUAAAAUUAAAAAGAAUAUUCAAAAAGAAAAAAAAAAGGUUGAACUCUCUUUACCUAGAAGAAAAAGUCUUAAAAAUUGUCACAAAAUAUCCUGAGAAAUAAAUAUCUUCCUCAUCUUUUGUGACUGUUUCUGUGCAGGAAGCGGUUGUCUUGUUCAGAGUCCCUCUACAUGGAAGGGGAUGCGAGCCCACCCCUUGGGGCUCGCCGCCGCUUCUCAGCUCUUAUGGACACACACCGUUUUGCCUCGCCCCAGGACGGUGAGCCGGAGUUCUUGUCCCGCCAGGUGCCCAUCAAGGUGCGUGGGACCUCGCUAGAUGGAACCAGCGUCCCCUCCCCGAGCCUCCUGGAGCAGAGGAGCAGUCUGAAGGACAUCAAUGGCGCAGGUGUGUUGGCAUGAUGAAAGUCUAUAAAGUAGCAAAAGGUUGUAAAAAAGGAGAGGAAGCAGGAGAGCGAUCGGUAGAAAUGAUAUCAAAUAUAACAGAAAGAGCAGGUGGAGGAGGUAAGAGACGAGGAAGUAAAAAAGCUGCACUUACUCCUUAUUACAUAGCUCCUGCUGAGUCAGUGAGCAGCUGGAAAAUGCUUAACAUUGCUAUAUUCUCCUCUAAUCUGUAAUUUCCACCUGACUCUACACCUAUGCAGACAAAUCCCCUCGGCACGGAGAGACACCUGGAGUCGCCACGGCCAUCUCUACAUUAUCUCCAGGUCUUGCAGCAAGCGGUCGGGAUGUGAUGACCCCUCUGUACGAUCCUCUGGGGCCUCGGGCCACCAAUGACCUGGUCCUCCGCAGAGCGAGGCAUCAGCAUCUCUCAGGUGAUAGUGAAAAACGUAACUCAAGAACAGGAAACAAGGUCAUCAAGUCAGCCUCUGCAACAGCCCUGUCUGUUAUCAUCCCAUCAGGUGAGCCACAUGAGAAAAGAGAGGAAUUGAAUCGACAUUUAUCGUUUGAACAUACAGAGUUUAUUUCUUUUCUUUUCUACAGUGGAGCAGCACGGCGGCUUCUCUCCACUUGCCAGCCCCAUGUCCCCCCACUCUUUCUCCUCUAACCCCUCGUCCCGGGACUCCUCACCCAGCAGAGACUUCUUCCCGGCGGUCAGUGUGCUGCGAUCUCCCAUCACCAUUCAUCGCUCUGGAAAGAAGUACGGUUUCACUCUCAGGGCCAUCAGGGUCUACAUCGGUGACAGUGAUAUCUACAGUGUGCAUCAUAUUGUUUGGGUAUGUCGAAUGUUUUCAUUUGUGAACCUCUGAGGAAUCUUUUGUCCACCAUGUCAGUACUUUACUUGAUUUAUUACAAUUUUUUCUUUCUUAACAUUGAAAUAUUUUGGGGGUUUGCAGCAUGUGGAGGAUGGCGGCCCUGCCCAGGAGGCCGGCCUGUGUGCUGGUGACCUUAUCACCCAUGUCAAUAGUGAGCCAGUCCACGGUCUGGUCCACACUGAAGUGGUGGAGCUCAUCUUAAAGGUAGGCAGAAGUAGACUCUCUGAACCAUACUUAAUGCUUUUUAUAUCAACAUUUUUGUCUUUUAUUCUAUUUCUGUCAGAAAAAGGCUUUAGUGGUCUAUUUAUAAGUUUUAAGUUUGACGAGUGGGCUAUUUCUGUAUGUUGAUAAAAUGCUCCAACGCAACUCUGAGGAUAGAGAUUCAUUUACUGUCACUGAUCUUUGCAGAGUGGAAACAAGGUGACGGUGACGACCACGCCUUUUGAGAACACCUCCAUCAAAGUGGGUCCUGCACGCAAAGCCAGCUACAAGUGUAAGAUGGCCCGCAGAAACAAGAGGACCAUGGGGAAGGAGAGUCAAGACAGGUACACAAGAGACCCUAACCCUAUGUCACAUUGUAUUACAAAGCUUCAGAGGUUCCUCCCAUAUUCCUUUUUUUCAUGUUUAAUUGUAAAGUAUAUGUACAUAGAACUCAUGUUCCCUUACGAAGAGUAACUAAAAUAAAUCAAAUAAAUCACAACAUACAACGGGCUUGAUACCUAAACAAAUAUGUUAGAAAAGCAGAACACUUCAUAUCACCAUUUUCUAAUCCUAAAUGGGGGACUGGCUCCUUUCACAGCAAUCAGAGGACCAAAAUAAUAUCCAAGCAUAUUCCUUCAAGCACAACAAACCCAGACAGCAAAAUGAAAAUAAGCCACAAAUGAAACAAUUGAACAAGUGGGGAAAAAAAACCCACUGACAACAAAGAAACAAAGAAAAGAUAACAAAACAAAAAAAAUGCCUUAUAUUGAUCCAGAACACUCUUAAGAUCAAAUUCUAUAUGAGAUUGCUAGAUCUUUAAAAAGUCUGAGGAUCUGCCUUUAUUCCUGUAAUAUAUAUACUGUAUGUAUACUUAUACUUAUGUAUUCUUUACUCAAAUGCAAUAUCUUAAUUUCUUCAAAGUGGGAACAUCAAAACUCUGAGAUUUCCAUAGCUGAACAGAGGGACACUGACCCCCAACCAACAUUGUCAUCAUAGCCUCUGUGUCCAUGUAAUAUAUUGUGUUAAAUCUCCCCAAGAAAAUAUUUAAGGCUGCAGACUUUUGGUUAUCAGCAACUUUUACAUAAAUAAAAGUGAAUUUGAAUGAUCUCCCUGAAAAUGUCAGUACUCUUAAGAAGAUAAAAUUUUCCAUCCUUCAUGAACUUGACAGUCAGUUUUCAUUUUCAAGAAAACAAAAUGCAAAAGAAAUGUACACCAAACCCAGGUCUAUAAUCUUUUAAGGCUUUUUUUCAAGAUUGAUAACUAUCAUGUCUGUCUAGAACAAGCCCACCUCUAGUAGAAUUUCUAAUCUUGUUUUUUUUUUUAUCUUUCCAUCGUGCAGUAAGAAGCGUAACUCCUUGUUCCGUAAGAUCACAAAGCAGUCCAACCUGCUGCACACCAGCCGCAGUCUGUCCUCCCUGAAUCGCUCACUGUCCUCCAGCGAGAGUCUCCCUGGCUCCCCAACCCACAGCCUGUCUGCCCGUUCGCCGACUCAGGGCUACCGCUCUACCCCUGAGCCCUCUUACCUGGGUAAGGCGAUAAAAAAACAAACGUGUUUAAAAAGUAAAAUGUCUCUGGUUUGUCCAGUUAGAUUAUCUCCCAAAAGAGUGUAAACCAGCUGUUAUGGGUGGCGUUCUCUAAAGUUUUGGCUCAAUUUUGAGAUUAGAUCUGUCUUUAUUAAUCUGUUCUGAUCUUUGUUUACCUUCAGGUUCCUCUCAGAGCAGCUCUCCAGCCUCCAGCACUCCAAACUCCCCUGCUCCUUCUCAGCACAUGAGGCCCAGCUCCCUGCACGGUCUCUCCCCUAAACUCCACCGCCAGUACCGCUCUGCCCGCUGUAAGUCAGCCGGUAACAUCCCCCUCUCCCCGCUGGCCCACACACCCUCCCCCACUCAGUCAUCUCCCCCGCCGUUACCUGGACACACUGUAGGAAGCUCCAACACCACCCAGUCCUUCCCUGUCAAGCUCCACUCCUCGCCACCGGUGGUCCGGCCGAGACCCAAGAGCGCUGAGCCUCCACGUUCACCCCUCCUUAAACGCGUGCAGUCAGCAGAGAAGCUUGGCUCGCCUCUGACCCAGUCCAGUUCUACAGGAGGUCUGGGAGGUCCGCUGAGGAAGCACAGCCUGGAGGUGCAGCAUUCAGAGUACCGUAAAGACGCCUUCCUCUGUGAGCUCGGACUCCAGAGCCUGCUGGAAACGGAUGGGGAAAAUUUGCCCCCUAAUCCUCCACCCCUACCUUCAUCUUCAUCAUCUACUACUCCCGAGAGUGGAGUCUUAAAGCCUGUGAGGAGAAUUGGAAGACAGGAGUCACCUCUCAGCAGGGAAACGCUGCUGGCAGGAAGAGACAGAAGUGAAAGAGAAAGAGUAGGAGGGAGGGAGAAAGAGAGGGACACUGAUACCGGGUCAGUUCUGGAGAGAUUGGGUCGUGUGGGAGCAACAUCGUCUCCAUCAUCUCUGACGAGAAAAUCUCAUACAGCUGAGUUGCCCCUGAGCUCACAGACUGGACCAGGCUCCAGAAUUAGUGCAGAAACCACUAAAGCUACGACUCCUGGCACGCCGACCAAAACAACAGGUGGUGUAGUUGGUCACAGAGGGCCUGAAAAGACCCUGACCGACUUAACUCCAAAACAGCCAGACCUCAGGGUGGCCAAAAGUGUGUUAGCUAGCUGCAAAGAGGCCCAGGAACAGCAAGGAAGCAGAACUGAACCAAAGCAGGAAGGAAAUAACAAGGGUUUAAGGUCUGAUUUACCUGCUGCUGCUUUCAAAAGCUCUGUUUCUACUCCGGAGAAAUCCAUCAGCAUGAAUGCCACGGUGACAGCAGGUCCCUCGAGCUUGAACAAAACCUUUAAACCAUCAGGUGUUGGGGACAGCUUGAAAAAAGCAGAAAGCAGUGACUUAAGGACUCAGGAUAUCAGCCCUAAAAGCCCCAAGCUUCCAGCUCGCAUUCUCGCUCCCGUCGUCCCCCCACACGGACAGCCACUCUCCCUCGGCAAGGUGAGGCAAGGGCUUGGACCGGUCAACUGCUACCGAGGAACUCUGGACUGGGAGGACAAAUGUCGCCUGGAGGUCGUGGAGGAGCACUCGCCUUCCCCUUCUCCGUCUCCCACCGCGGUCACCCCCUCCCUGUGUGGACCUUCCCUCUGUAAGUCGAGGCCCGUCUCCCCAGGCGACAAGACAAGCUUUGUCAGCCACCUGACCACUGUGGCCAAAAAUGUUCUGGGGCCGAUCAAGCUGGGCUCCCAGGAGGGGGCCAAGAGCAAAGAGCAGCAGAGUAAAGCAGCGGAGGAGAAGCAGGGAGGCGCAGCUGGAAAGUCCGACACCCCCGCAGGAGGUCGAGGGGUUGUUGGAGCUGCAGUGGUGACACAAAGUCCCGCUGCUACACCGCUAGAGAAGGCUGCGAUAGGUAGCUGCCCGCCCAAAAUAUGACUCCUCAAUUAUUGGUCUUAAGUGAGAAAGAAAAGAGGCCUUUUUAAGAACAAUGCAGCAGAAGUCGAGCACUUAAAGCAGUGUACAUUCCAGUUUAAAUGUAUAUAAAAUGUUAUUUAUUGAUUCCAAUCAUUGACUGAUUCUAACUUAAAACCAAGAGCAAAUUAAUCUGUAAAGGUGCAUUAUCUGUUGAUUUUCUAUUUAAAGUAUUUAAUAAGAAGACUCUUAAUGUAACGUGGAACACUUUAUCAGAUGCAUAUGUGUUUGGGUCCAAGUGAACGCAUGUCAUAUGGUAAUGUACUGUACGUGUAUUAUACAAGAAGGUCAAAAAGUGCUUUACCGAUCAAAACAUGCUGAAUACUGUGAAUACCAAAUCCAGACACUCUUUGUUGUCCUUAAAUCAGCCCUCCUGUCGUGAACUGUUUAUCAGACGGGACAAUGAAACAGGGAGAGGGACUGAAGUGCAUCAAACUACACAAAUGACACACAGCCUCAGUUUGGAUACAGCGGGUCAAAUCAAGCAACAUGAUUUAGCUUUUUUCCUCCUCAUGCAGCAGUUUAUACCGGGCUGAUGUGCACAGUCAGACAAAGCAGUAGAUGUCACAUCAGACAAUGUCCAGCUAUGACUGCCUGUCACAGGGAUUCAGUGUGUGUGUUUGUGUGAUUGUGUGUAGUCAUGUGUGUAAAGCCACCUUAGGUCUAUUUCCGGUGGUUCUUAAAGGCUACAGGGCUGACAGAGCUCAGGCUCAGCGCUUAUCUCUCCUUUGCAGGAGGGCUUCUACAGCCCCCUUUUCUCCCUGCUGCUCUCUGCUUCUAACUGUAGCCUACACAGACAUGCACACCGCCACACGUGCACAAACACUCACAUUACCACAACAGGCAGCCAUGUCAGCAUUUGAUUUUCAUGCAUUUAAAUCCAUACCCACGUGGUCUGUGGAUUGGGACGUGAGUGUGUUUUUUGAGGGAGUUGGUGAGUUAAGAAGUGUGUGAGGGUGCUCGGGGUGACACAGCAAAGGUCACAACAGGAACCAAACCAAACAAAUCAAAAGGCAGCAGUCAGGAUACAGUGAUAGCUGCUGGCUCUGCUGAACGCUCUGCUACUUUAUUGACAAAUGAAAUCAGUAUGUAUAAAAUAUUUAUAAGCACAUUUACAGCAAUCCCAUGUGUUGUUUUGAGUUUAAAUAGUAAAGGUAGACAGUCAUGGAUGUAGCAUACUGUAAGGUCUUUAAGGGCUCUAUAGCUGAGGAUGUUAAGGGAUGUUAGGAUUAAUCAGAUGGGAUGUAUAAUUAUUACAACAAAGUAAUUACAAAAAAACUGUUCUGUUAAUCUCUACAAGUUGGAUAGCUUCAUCAGCCUGGAGCUCACAUAUUGCUGUGCGUCUUACAGAUUCGGUACCUGCAUCAUUAAUGCCAGCAAGAAAAGACUUAAUGACCACAAGGGAAGCAUCAGUCCUCCCCUUCCUCUUCUGGGUUUAUUCAUCUCCUCUAUACUCAGCAGUUAUCAAGUGUACAUAAUCUAAUGCAAAACUUUUACAGCUGUCUUAAAAUUGCUGCCAAUACUCUGAUUUCAUUUUCAGACUCAGCAAGGAGUAGGUGUUUAGACAAAUUGAUUCUUGGUCAUUUUUUAAAUAAGACUAUUAAACAGCUAUUUUAUUUCAGGGAUCUUGAUUCGUCUCAGCUCUGCAAAUGUAAACUGAUUUUUUCAUUGAUGGAUCAGUCUGCAUGAAAGUUUGAACCGGCAAAAUGUCCUCCAGCACUUUUACCCUUAACUGUUGUGUGUGAGGUAUUUAGUAGACUGUUAUGCUAAAAGGAGUAACUAUGAGCUGGAAGUAGCCAAAAGUCAAAGGGAAGUUGGUUUCUGUAAAAUUGGCUGUACAAACAUUUAAAUGUCAGCAUUGGCAUAAGAACCUUUUUUAAACAUCUUUAAUGCAAUAUAGAUUUAUUUGAAUUUACUUUUCUGUAAGAUUACUGUCUCCAAUUCUUAAAUCUACAAAAAUGUUUGAAGGCUUUGAAAUGAUUUUUGAGUCUGCAGGUUGUACAGGCUACAACCUGAGUUCUAUGUACCCUGCAUUGUGCUCUACUGCCCUCCAGUGGUUAAAAACACUCACUGUUAAACAUGUUUUCGAUCAUUAUUAAUAUGUUGGAGAGUUUCUGUGAUGGAGUUAUCCACAAAAACAAACGUCAGCCUUGGGGUUACUGAAUAUGCAUUUAUGUUUCUAAACACAAUAUUUGCAGUAUUUAUUAAAUGAACACUUGAAAUUGGAGUUUAUUCCUCCUCUUCUGAUGUGGUCUUCACCUGACUGUUAAUUAUAUCAUCUGGUGUAGAGAUUAACAUUUUAAAUGCUGUCUAAAUUAUUGUACUGUUAGGAAGGAGUUGUUUUGUAUCUUUAUGUAAGAAAACCAGUGAUCAGGUCAGCACCUGAGUCAUAAAACAGACUGUAAUGUAAUCUUAUACAGCUAUUCUGCCCAGUUUCAGGCCUUUGCCCAAUUGAUGGUGUCAAUACUCGUGUUACAUGUUUGAGAAUUUCCUUUUUCUUUUUGUGAUUGACAGAGAGAGUAGUAUAUGCACUUUAUCUGAAAAAAGGAUUUUUUUUAUUUACUUACAGUGUUUGUAAGUUACUUAUAAAAGAAAAUACUGUAUAAAAAUAUGAAGUCUACAAAUGAACACUGAAUCCAAGUAUAAAAACAUUCCACAUUUCUCUGUUCACUGAAAGUGUGUUUAUUUGUCCCAUGGGGCAUUUUUGUUUGUGAUAGAUGUAAUUAAAUGCAGACACCUGAAGUGCAGUAUGUGGAAUAAAAUUCUGAGAUUUGUUCCAAAACUUG